CCGGCGUUCCCGGCCGCCUUUCGGCCGGACUUCUUGUCCCAGCAGGCCUUGCGGCCCAGCGCUGCCGGUUUCCGGGGGGCAGGACCGAUCGCUUCUCUCUCUCUCGCCGUCUCUGUGCCGUUGGCUAAGCUGAGGUGGUGCUGCGAGGCGAGACGGGCCUGGCGCUGCCGCGGCGGAGAAGCAGCUAGCCGGACUCCUGGCGGAGGAGGAGGCGGAGGAGGAGGAGACCGGGGACGCGCUAGUAGGGGCCUAGGCCGGGAGGGGAAGCUCUCCGCGCCGCCACGACGACGACGACGACGGCCAAGAUGCUCAAUAUGUGGAAAGUCCGGGAGCUGGUGGACAAGGCGUGAGUAUUAUGGGGUGUCGGGGGGGGGACAUCUGUGUGUCUUGUCUGGCUGCCCCUCAGCCCGCGCGCCCCCACUCUUACUAAACUCUUGCUAAACUCUUACUACGCCCUUACUCCUCGAUCGCGUUCCGUUGAUCCAGUUCCCUUCCCAUUAUCCUCCGUCUGCCCAGCCACGUUUUCUGUAACGUCCACCUUUGCUCCCACCCCGAAUUAGGGUCUCACCGGCUAGCCCUCCUGCCCACCCUCCCCGACCCCGGUCCUACACAGGAUCCCUCCCGUGCUGCCCCCUGCGCCUGCUCUUUCCUCCUCCUCGCCCUCUUUUGCAGUUUGUCGUUCUCGCCGAAACUUCUUACGUUUCACUUGGCUGUAACUGAUACAUGUACCUGCCCGUGCUCACGACCUGGUCUUUCCCUUCCAGUGGGAUUUCGACCUCUUUGUAGUUGACUCUCCCCACAAGAGUGAUAUUUUUGCUACUUCUUGGGGAUCUUGGCCCUUUGACUCCCCAUAGAACUUAACGUCUCUACUAGGGCCCAUAUGCUUUCAUAUGCUUUCGGUUUUUCCUUUUCCUUCGGAGGAUCUCUUUCUUCCUUUCCCAGCACCACACUCUUAAGCUGUAAUACUUGCAGAUCUUAUCUGUGAACAACUCAUAUUCAACCUUUGGUGGAAGCGCAUGACUGUCUGAGCCUGCCCUUGCUGAUUUGGAGCAACCUCUGAACUUCCAUCGGCAUUUAGAAGAGUGGCAGUGCCUAUUCCCAUUUUUAGAAAUAGCUAGGCUAUCUAAACUAUUCUACUCCCCCCACCCCCUCACCAAGUCUUAGUGAAGUGGUGGAGGAAAAGGAACUUCUUGCAGGAAGUAAAAACUUGAUAUUUCAGCUAGGGUAGGGUUGGUGGGGCGGGGGGUUACUACAUGUACCAGGUACCGUUUUGAGAUCAUGGCAUUCCUUUAAAUUAACUUGUUUCAAGCACAAAAGCCAUAGUAAGUCUCAAAACUGCCAGUAAAAAAAUGUGGGAUGGGCAGUCACACAAUAUUUUGCACCACCCUUGCUUGUGGGCAGGGAGCAACACACAUGCUCACUCCGCCUAAAAGUGCAGCUCUUGUGUAAUGCUUCUCAAAACAUGAUAUUGUUAAUAUAAUUCUCAAGAACGCUAACUUUCAGGAAUUGUAUUUUAAUCAAUGUUAGAAAUGGCAAAGGAAGUAUGACUUGAAUUCUUCCUGCUAUCAGCAUCUUGCACUACCUGGUGAAACACCCAGCGGAAACUUCUGUAGAGUCAGAAGCAAAGCUUACUUUUAGAGACCUCUGUGAAGAGAACGUUUUCUAAAUUAAUUUCCAUAUAUGUAAUGACACUUUGUGAACUUUUGGUGGUUACAGUGUUCAUUGUGAAUGUUGAUAUUUAAAGAGACCAUAUACAGUGUUUUAAUCCAUCAAAAUAUGUUGGUGCUUUAAUAAUUGUGAUUUACAGAUACUUCUCUGCAGUGAAAACUUUACAAGACAGUUGCUGUGUUAUCUAUCACAAGAGAAAGAAGCCUUGGUUUCAUAGUAAUUGAGCAGAGGAAUGUGUGAAACAGAGCAUUUAACAUUUCUGUACACACAGUUACAUUGAUAGUGGGAUACUGUGAGUGUUUUCAAAUUUAGUCAUUUACUUUGACAUACAUCUCUUAGGUAAUAUUGGAUAAUGUAUAUCACAGGUUUGAUUUCUGUUCCUGGCAUAGUUUGUAUUUACAGGUUUGCAAAUAUGUUGUAAAUGAAAGUAAGGUGCUCUUGUCUGCUGUUGGCAUAUAGCAGCGUUGCAGUACCUAUAGCUGUCCAGAUGUAGUUGGACUCCAACUCCCAUCAGCCUCUGCCACUAGACAACGACUAGAGUUUAUGGGAUCUGGAAUCCAGCAACAUUUGGAGGGCUAAGUUCCUCAUCCUACCUAUAAUAGGAAUGCUGAAUCACAGUUGGGGAAAAGAAUUGCCCCUCCAAAAAUAACACUCUGAAAUCCAAGACACAAUGCGUACCAGUGCACCAAAAGCUUCAUAAAAAAAAGUUUUCAGAAGACAUGUGAUUGGGAUUUGGGUCACUUUUCAGAUAGCAAUGCCUGUAACACUGAUUAAGACAGCUCAGAAUGGCUCUCUGCUGUUGUAUAAAAAGAACCCUAUACUAACUUCAGGGCAGAAUGUAGGUAAAAUUUGUUCAAUGAAUAACGUCAGUUCUAAGUGAAGACAACAGUGCUUUCAUGUACAUCAAUCUUGGCUUUAAAAGGCUUGCUUAUUUUUAGACCUACUCUGACCUUGAAACCACACAGAGCAUCUGACGUACAUUACUGGAUUCUUCUAUAAGUUCACAGAAACCAUGAAGCUGAAAAUAUAUUGAUUGAGAAAUGAUCUCAGUAUACCCAUAAUCCUCCAUGUGUUUAAUAUUUGUUGCAAAGUUCGAUAUUUGAAUUGACACUGUCUGUUAACAUAUUUCGCAACAACUGGGCUUAACUGAUGGUGUAGUCACUGUGUCAUUCUCAGCCUCCCCAUGUGCACCAGCCCCCCAGAAGUAGGUUGUUUUCAUACACCAGCAAAUGGACCCAUAUUAUUUCCCCGCCCCCGGCACUGGAAUUUGCAGCUUGCUUGUCUGUCUUGAGACCCAACAGAUCCUUGGUUUUCCCAGCUCUGCCCACUCUUGAAAGCUGUUUUAGAGCUUUAUACUGGCUACUGCUGGUGUGGAUACUGCCCGCUUGGACUUUCAGUGAGCAGAGCAGGGACCACUUUAGAUACACCCACCUCAGCCAAACUUUCUCCAGUGUGAUAGAUUAGAAACUUGGGGUUGCUGUUUCCAAUUUCCUUUGGCUCUCUUGCAUUAUCAGCAUUAUUUAUCAAGACGUUGGUUCACAUACUCUUGUGCUCAGCACUGUACAAAUGCCUAACAAAAACUUCCUACCCCAACUAGCUUACAGGUUAUGGCAGUUAGUUAAGUGUUUGUCAAUUGUUGCUCCCACCAGGAGGCCCUAUAUUUGUUUAUAGGAUAUAUCCCUCCUUUCAACAUAAAUUAUCUUAAAGUGGCUUAUGCAAAUUAUCAUAAAAACAAUAAAAUUCCAUAUCAAAAUUAAAUGCCAGUAAAGGCAACAAACAGAGCACAUAAAAAAACCCUAAAAAAGGGAUCUUAAAUAUAACUAAAAACAUGGCAGAACAGGGCAGUCUGUCUGUUGUCUAAAAAGAUAGCUGACCACCAGGCAAAUAUGCUGAGAAGAAAGUUCUACAAUAUGUCUGCCUUCACAGAAAAAAGAACCCCUCACUGGUUGCUACCCGCCUAAACUCUGAAGAUGGGAUACCUGCUGAAGGAUCUCAAUGUAAUUUUCUCAUUUCAUGGGCCAGCUUGCAUGGGAGUUGGCAAUGUUUCAUGUAAAGAUGAUUUAAGAAAGGGGCAAAAACUUCUGUUUGUGUGCUUGUUGCUUAUUUCCCCCCUCUGUUUUUAAGUUUAAGGGAAUGCUUUUAUCUUCUCAUUCCCCUCUGCUUGGCAUAAUUCCUGUAUGAAUUCUGACUAAAAGUUGCUACUGUUGAUAUUUCUUAAUUCCUUGAGGCUGCAAUCCUGUUCAUACUUCCCUGUGAUUAUGUCCAUUAAACACAGGGUUUGUAAAACUUGUUGCUCAAGGUGAUGCUUGGUUUUAAUAAUACAGAGUUGAGUAGAACUACUCAGUGUGGAGGGAAAAAACCAGUGAAAGAAAAGAUUACGCUUGCCACAGGAAGGUAAGGAGUAGUUUGGGGCUCCAACCAACCAGCUUAUGUAGCUCUGUGGCUAUAUAUAGUCAAGAGGAUUUUGUAUCUUUCAUUUUAUCCCUUCUGCUUCCAAUGGAGUAGCUCACAUACAGAGGAGUUUAGAAAUAAUUCAUCAUGGAAAUAGUACCACAUACCACAAGAGCUAUACAAGAAUUCCUCUAGUGUGUCGAUUUUUAGAGUGAGGUACUGUCUGCCUGAAGAUGUAAUUGCUGCUUGCAGCCCUCUCAUCUGAGUGUACUUGUCUUUUCUGGGCUAAAUUACAGUCUUUCAAGUUAAUUUUAAACUUGUAACAUUUGAACAAACAUAACCUUUGAUUUUUAUGAGCCUGAAGCAGCUUUUAUUAACUGGGUGAAAUUGCACAGCAGCAAGUAACGAAUAACUCUGAGAAACAUUUAUCCUAAGCUAAGCAGAGUUUAGUCAAGUUGAUAACUUAAAUCUUUCUAACCUAUUUGAUCAAGAAUGAUCCGGGUACUGCAUGGUGGUUGAUUCAUGUGACAGCUCCAUAUUGAAUACUACUUGACUGAUUUCAUAGUAGAUUCUUUUGGUGUGACUUCACUGUUAACUGUGUUGAAGAAUGAUAGUUUCUUUCUUCCCCCACCUCUGUGCACUCCAAUUCUACACUUUGGUUGCACAGUUAUAGUUAGUAUUUUGUAAUGUGCGUGUUUAGAAUUUCCUCCUUUUUAGAUGUUGAGCAAGAUACUGAAUCAUGCUGUCUUCCCUUAACGUAAAGCAUUGUGCAUACAGAUUUGGGAAGAAAACAACCCACCUGUUGUUAAGCCUUUUAUCUUUUAAAAUGGGAUUCCAUGGUUCAUUUCACAGAAAUCAGAGUGGGGGUGGGAUGCUUCACUUUCUGUGAUAAACUCUUCCUCAAAUAUAUUUCACCUACCUGAGUUUGUAUAUUUAAUAAAUGGCAUUUAGUCCAUGCAGCUAAUGAGUAUUAGAAUGUGGGUGGUGGUUCAAAAUUCACUUUGUGAAAGUUCUUUUAAUGUUCUGUUAUUGGUUUUCAAUAUAUAAUUACAACGAGAGACGAGAACGAGUAAAAAUUUAAAAGUGCCUGUUGAUUUAGUUUGACAGGAUUACUCAUCCAUAUGUAAUAUCUUUGAUAAACUCUGUUUGUCAAAGUUCAAAGAAUAUGUUAAGCAAUGAUAAUGUGAUACUUAACCCUAAACCACCGCUGUCAUUUUUUAAAAAAAUCAAUCUUGUUGAGUUUAGUUAGAUCAAGAAAAAUAAGCUUGUUGCUUAUGUCGAGUCUAAUUAUUUUAUAAGGCAUAUCUUUCUCUAACUUGUACACAGUGCUAUAACCUGUUACAUUUGUGACUUUGACAAAGAACAAUGAACUCUAGUAUUAUCUGUCUGAGAGUGACCUAUGGUGAACUAUGCCAACCUUGUAUUUAAGCACUUGCCUGGUAGCCCUGGGCAACCAGGAGUUCCAUGUAGAUGGAGGGUGGAUCAGGUAUUCCGUCUGUCCUCAGCAACAAGCAACAAAACCUUCCAGAACAUAAAUUCCUAGUCCAGUGGGUUGCUACUGGAGGGAUGGAGUUCUCUGUGCCUCCUCUGCCAGCCCCCAUCAUGCUAAUAAAAUUUCUUGUAGGCUAGUAAAUUUUGUGGGCUUGUUUGUGAAGCUGAACUGUUCAUUGUCAUGGUGAGAACAAUAACUUUGAAACACAACAAGAAAUAAUUUUGUUAAGGGUCUCAGGGAGACCUAGUUAUAGAACAGCCUUCCUCAAACUUCAUAGGUUUUUGGCCAUAAAUUCCCUCAGCCUCAGUCAGUGCAAGUUACGUAUAAGGCUUCCCUAUGCACCAGGUUGGGUAAGGCUAUGGUAGGGCGAUAUUGUGGCAGUAGGCUAUAAGAGUAAUGUUCAUCAGCAGUUCAACUACAUUAUAUGCAAGGUGCAUGAGUCCAGCUCAACUUUUUCAUGUCGGUUUCAGCUAAGUGGUGUGAGCUGCAAAUUGUCGGGUCCAUAUGACUACACUGUAGUUGUAGCUGCCUUGGCUUCUGCCCUGGCUGAAAAGACUUUAAGGUGGGAUGGCUAGCCUGUAACCUUCCUGAUGUUUUGGGAAGUUUUUAAUGUCUGAUGUUUUAUUGUAUUUUUAAUAUUUUGUUGGAAGCUGCCCAGAGUGGCUGGGGUAUAAAUUAUUAUUGUGAUUAUUAUUGUUGUUGUUGUUAUUCACAUCAGCCACAACCAGCAUGGCCAGCAAUCACUGAUGCAGGGAAUUUUAGUCCAGUAACAUCUAGAGGACCACAGGCUUGCCACCCCAGCUUACAGAUUUUACCUGGCUCACCUCUCGCAUCCCCCGUUCCUGCCUGUUUCUUUGGAGCUGAGUGGUAUGAAAGUAUCAGGAUGGCUUUAACACCUUAUUUUUGUGAUUGUAAGUUGCUUUAAGCCGCUUUUAAUACUGUGUUUUAAUAUUGUAACCUGCCCUGGUAUCUUAUGGUAAGAAUAAUAAUACAGUACUUUAUUUAGUUCUGAUAUAUUCUCUGGUCAGAUAGGGUUUGCAGGUUUUUGAAGCAGUAUAAAACCUGCAAGAAAGUGGAUGCAUUCAGAUGUAAUGACAAACCAUUACAUGAGCACACACUAGCUUUCAGACUCCCAUCUUUCCCUACCACUUACGGAUACUGUGGUACCUUGGAUUACGAACUUAUUAGUUCCGGAAGUCCGUUCUUAACCUGAAGCGUUCUUAACCCGAGGCACGCAUUCCCUUCAUAGGCCUGCGGCCCCGGAAGUGGAUUGCGUUCGUAUCCCGGGUCAAAGUUCGCAACCCGGGACACCUACUUCCGGGUUUGUGGAGUUCGUAACCUGAAGCGUUUGUAAGCAGGACUGUUCAUAACCUGAGGUACUACUGUAAUGGCAAAACCAUUACAGUGGUAAUGGUUGAUGGUAAACUGGAAACAUAUAGUUUGUUGCUAAGCAGAAACUUCUCAUCUUUCAGGUUUUGUGGAACUCCAAGUUUGACUUGAGUCAGCUGGUCAGAUAAAAUAAGGAAAUGCACUAUAAGCACUGGUGGCUAUAUUAUAUUACUUCAUAUUUCCAUAAAAGCAUAGGCCGCUUUUUUAUACAUAGGUACAUAACAGUGGUGGGGCUCCAAGCACUGCAGCACAUAAUUGCACUGCUAUGUUGUUGGUAACAACUUGGAGCUGCUUGCCAAGCUGUUGCAAUGACACAGGUAAUGAUUUUCAGCUGGUAUAGGGACCUUGUUCCAAAUGGAGAAAUAAUUUGAAAUCCACAUACAACUAAGACUGAAGUAAAAAAAAAACCAAUGUUGUGAGCAUUCUGUAGAAAAGUGUAGAACAUCAUGGCCUUUGGAUAUUAGCAGAGGGGGGUUGAUCCUGUAACCAGUCAUUCAUUUCCUGGUAUGAUCAUGUCUAACACAAAAUAACAGAUGAGGGGGAUGCAUCUUCUUAGAGAGCAGGCAUAGACAAACUCAGCCCUCCAGAUGUUUGGGGACUACAACUCCAAUCAUCCCUAGCUAACAGGACCAGUGGUCAGGGAUGAUGGGAGUUGUAGUCCCAAAACAUCUGGAGGGCUGAGUUUGCCUAUGCCUGUCUUUGAAUGUCUAAUCUCAACAGAGAUGUAGCGUGUGGCUGCAGUUUCUGAAGGGGUAUUAUUGUGACUUUUAAAAAGCAUUUUGCAUUACAGUUUCUCAAGAUGCUGUCUACCAGUGCAAGUAACCUGCAUAUCUUGGUUUUCACUAAAAUGGUUUUAAAACUUGCGGACGUUGAAGAAGUUAGCAAGUGUUUUUGGUCACUUGGUGGAGAAGGUAAAGUGCUUAGAAAAUGAACUCUGUAUCCUUUGUGCUAGAGUGCACUGGCAUGCUCAGAUAUAGCAAGGUUCAUCGCCUUAGCCACAACUCUGGGUUUUUAAUGGUUGAAAUGGGAGAGUCUUGGUACAGUGGAAACAAAUGAUUGUUCUUCCUCCAGUAUCAUUUGUUUCCAAAAUACAAACAUACAGUGUAAUCUCCAGACCAUUGUUGUGAAGCAGAUUUGUAAAGGCCUGGGAAAAACCAAGGAACUUAAGGGAGGAAUGUUAUUUUCUCUUUAUCUUCUGACGGCUGAAAUGGAAAACCCUGACAUUUGGGGAAAACAGGUGAAAACGCAUACAUUUUUUUUCUUUAAGGGUGCUAAAUGAAAUUCCCUUUUAAGCAAUGUUUGGAAACAGUUGUUAGUCAUUUUAUACUGCUGCAUUUGAUUAGAUUACAAAGCCCUGGUGUUGGCAAAGUGCUUCCAAACCAGAAGGGCAAUCUGUGAGUCUUCCAGGCAUAUUGUUCCUGUACCAUGGUUGUAAAGCCUUUUGUGCAGCACGGUUUCUAACCCUUACAUGCCACUUGCUUCCUCCAUCUUCUGCGUCAAGUGAAAAAAUUGGUGAGCAUUUUAAAAUAUGUGUAUGUGCGUACAUGAACAUAAAAAUCACACAAGGGAUAGAUGUGCAUGUGAAAAGAAUAUUCAAAGCUGCCAUUUUCUGAGUCCAUGAAGCUUAGCUUGAAGUCUCAAGAUAAGACGUCAUGGAUCUUUCAGAUGCUUAUUUCUCUAUAAAUUAUAAUCAACUUGAGUUAUGUUAGUAUUUACAAGAAUAUAUUAUUUACUUGGAUGAGUCAGGAUAUAAAUAAAUAUGAGUUGAGGAUAGCUAAUUUUGUCUCCAGUUACCAUGACACACGCUGUAUAUGAUAAUGAUGUACUACUGGCUCACAAUCUAAUGAAGUUUAACUGACUAUACAGAUUUAUUGCUACUUCAUAAUUACAUUAUAGCAACAUUCUUUUAUUUUCUAUGUUUUCUUGCUUAAAAAAACCCCAACUGCCUCCUUUAAGCAUGCUGGAACCCUGACAUGUUGUAAGAAGGCAUUGACCAUUAUCUGUCCCCACUGGCCUUUUUAAUGAGCCAGGAAGGACUCUAGCACUCAUGUGGUGGCUUUCACAUUUCCAAGGUUCAUGUCCACAACCUCAGGCUGUGCAUACUGUUUUCAAACCCAGAUUGUAAUAAACUUACAGCACAGAAAAUGAAGGUUUCCAAAUGGCAAAAUGAAGAUGUGUUUGGAUUGCAAUUCUGCGAAAACCUACCUGGAAGCAAGUUUCAUUGAAUUUGCAGGGGCUAAUUUCUGAUUAGGCAUGUACAGACUUGCAUUAUUCUGUAUUCAACAGUGGCAGGUUUAGUUGUAUCCAGUAUUGUUGCUCAGCUGAUGGUAAGGUCAGUAGAAUGGGGAAGGAAGCCAUUUUCAGUGUCCCCACACUGCAGCCCACCCCGCUUUAAAAUCUGCUCCAGAGGUUUGAAGUCUCUCGAAAGCAGAUUUAUGGAGGACAUGGGGGCUGCAGAGGUGGGGUAGAAUUGUUGACAUUUGCCUCCUCUGUGUUUUGCUGACAGAAGCCUUACCAUCAGCUGAGUGACGCAGCUGAAUGCAACUCAUAGAACGCAGCAGUUGAUAGAGCUGUCUUGAACAGCAGGUGUAUUUGUAAUAAGUUUCAAUAAAACAAAGAUUUUUAUUUUUGUAAGAGUGCCAAAGUUAAUAUUGCGCUUAAAAAGUACCUAGUGUUUUGUCUGUACACAUACAGACAAACACACACACAUGCAUGUAUUGUACAUAUGAUUGUAUAUUAUCUCCCUCCUGCCCUCCUGGAAGAGUCUCUUUUUUAAACAAAACCUGGAAACGGGUUAUUCAGAACUUCUGGACGUGAAGUAGUGAAGAGUCAUACAUAUUUGACACCAUACUAUUCAUGAAUACUGAGAAGGCUGAGAUCACUAAAUCAGUAGUGGGUUUAAGUUUUACUUGACAGUCUCACUUUUUCUUUACAUUUCCUCAUAUUACGGGCUGUAUAUGUUUGUACUUUUUCUUGAAAUCAUGUCUCUCUUAUUUCAGUCACCUAUUACUAACUACUGUUGUUGUUUGGUUCAAGUUGAUAGCGGCUCAUAAAUUGAUGACUACAGCUAUGAGGAUACCCAGUUUUCUUCCAGGAACAUUAAAAAGCCAGUUUUACUUGUGCCCUCUAGCCUCAUUUCCAUUUACUUCUGGGCCAUAAUCAAAUUUAUUUCAAUGAUCUCUUCUUUGGCGAUCACUCGUAGCUGAGUAAGAUUGUCUUCCAUGAAAAUGGUCGUAGCAGUUUGUCCAAAAGUGACUGUGGAGGCCAAUUUUGGAUCCACACGUCCUUCCACAUUGGGGACAUAGGUUUCUGGGUGGGAGUUGAUCAUGGUGAGGAUUUGCCAAACGUGCCUUCCUCUUAGCUUGUUUCUCCCUUUCAUCCGGAAUUCGUGCUUCUUCAAAAUCCAUGAUGCCUUUGGUGAAGGCUGUUCUCCAACUGGAGUGCUCACAGGCCAGUGUUUCCCAGUUGUUCGCGUUUAUACUAAGAUUUGCCCUGAGAGCGUCUUUAAACCUCUGUUGUUGUCCUCUGGCAUUACACUUACCAUUCUUAAGUUGGGAAUAGAGCAGUUGCUUUGGAAGAUGAUAAUCAGGCAUCCAAACAACAUGGCCAGAUCAACAAAGUUGAUGUUGAAUAAUCAUUGCGUCAACACUCGUGAUCUUUGCUUCUUCCAGUACACUGGCAUUACUUUGCCUGUCUUCCCAGGUGAUAUGUAAAAUUUUUCAGAGACACCAUUAUGAAAUCUUUCAAGGAGUUAGAGAUGGCUUUUAUAAGUGGUCUAUGUUUCACAAGUGUACAGUAAAGUUGGGAGUACAAUGGUAAGAGCAGUUUGGUUAUGGUGACCCUGCAAUAGAGGGUAACUGCAUUAUAAACUGUUAGGUUGUCACUCCAAUAGUGAGAGAGUAUGUAAGUUUGCAAUAUUUCAAAAUAUUUUCUUCAUUCAGAUUUUCUUUUGAGGGCAGGUGUCUUUGAGUUGUCUGCAUGGUAUUAUGAGCUAUUCAGUGAGUAGGUUCUACUUCUUGGCCUAGAAACAGCAUAUAUAAAGGUUAUGAUGAGUGAUCUGUCAGAUUACAUUAUUCAGCUGAUGAUAAAAUUACAGCCUCGUAUUUAUCUCCUGCUAUUUAACCUACCUGAAAACUUCCUUUUUACAGGGUCAUCUAACAUUACUUGGUAUACAAGAUUUAUUUGGGUCAGCAUAAGACAUCAAUCUUAAUGCUAGGGGACAGUUUGAUCAUGGUAUUUAGGCGGCAUUUAACCCUCCGCUGUGUGAGCUAACCUCUCCAGCUGCUGAUAAUGCUGAGGAACAAUGACCUAUUGGGGUGCUUUCAAAAACAACAACAAAAGCCACCAAACAAACAAUGGUGCAUUUACAUGCAAAGUGUUGAUAGUUCUCCAGCCUAGUUGUGUCUGCUUAGCUCUCCUGUGAGAGAAGGAACUUAGUGAGGUCUCUAUAAAGAGAUUUUAAAAACAUUGUAGUCAAUGCAUGCAUAAAAAAUAAGAAUGUCUAUCAGGUUGUUUUCACAGGCAGUAUUUUUGUCAAUGUCCUUGUAUCUGGAAGCUCAGCGAAGUAUUCACUACCAAGGAGAACACUGAUCUAGAUAACAUGUUGGAAAUUGCAGUUUAGUUAGUGCUUCUUUGGAGAAACACUUCUUUCUAAAAAUUAAGUGUGUACACCUUGAAUCUGCCACUAACACAAGAGGCUUUAAAAGGUGGGUGUGCUUCUUAUGCUUCUUAAAUCAUGCCUCUAAUUAUAUUCUCUUUGCAACCUAGACACCUCUUUACUUCUAUCUGCCAGGCUUCUGUGUGCAUGGCUUUUACCAUGCGGCCUUUUAGCUCCUGUUCAGGUCCUCCUUCCUUUAGUGCCACUUCUCUGCUACACAUACGCAGGCUUUAUUUGUAAAUCAUUGUCCCUUUUUUUGGUAAAUUCAAAUAUUAUUAUUUAUUAAUGUUUGGGUCUCCUUUUACAUGUGUCUCAAUGUGAUUUCCAUAUGUCUUGAUAUGAUUUGCAAACAUAUAAUAAGUAUAAUAAAAACAACUAAAUUCUGUUUUUUAAAAAAUACAAAAAACACUCAAAGUUGUAAGGCCGCAACUUUUCCAUCCAUCUGUCACAAUAAAAAUGUAUUGUGUUUCAAGAAAGUACAAAUGAGGAGCACCUGUCAUGUCUCAGUAGGGAUGCUGUUCCACAAACAGGGACAUUCACACUGAAAGCAUUCCUAUGAGCUACUGUGGUGGAGGCUUCAGAAUUUUUUAGGACUUUAAGGAAAAACCCUCCUACAGAAAGCAGUAAUAUUCUGGGCAUAUACUGGUUAGGGUGGUCUCUCGGAUACCUGCUUCUUCUAGAAUUUCUUAGCCUAAACCAAUAAUCAGAGUCCAAAGAUGAACUUCAGCUGCAGUCUCCAUCAUAGCUAAUCCAGUGGCACGAGAUCAAGAGUUAUCAAUCUUUUUGGACCAGUAGACAUAUCUAAAGUUCUGAGAGGGUGCUUUGGGCACCUAUAGUAAAAUAGCUGCUGUGUGGUGGGGCAGGGGGGCAUAACACAAAAAAGCUGUUGUGGGGAGCAUGGCAUAACACAAAACCACCUUAUGCGUGCCAUGGUUAGUCAGCAGUAUCCUCUUGGUCCUGAUUGUGGAGAUCACAGAGUAUUUAUUUUACACACUGAGGGAUGCAGUUGCGACCUAUUGGCAACAAAGAACAUUCCUCAGUACCAGGAAAAAUACUUAACAUUUUCACACUACAGUCACAUUUCUCAGAAAUUGCUUGGAAGGUACCUGCACAUUUUGUCUGAUCACCUUCUUCCCAGGAGGACUACAUUUGAAACUUUUAUUUGUAUACCACCCUCCCCUGCUGAGACUGGGUUCAGAGUGGCUAACAUCAAAUGUAUAACAUUGGUAUAAAAUCAAACAAUAAUUAAAUUACCUUCUAAAAACAAGUCAGGAUCAAAUUAAAAUCUAAUUAGAUGGCUUUCCGCAGGAUUAGGGUUGGGAACAGUAAAUGUUCAUCAGGCCCAACUGUUUACGCUGUUCUUAUAUGGGCCCGUGAGAAUGCUGGGAGGCCUCUUUCAUACCAGUUCUUAUACAAAAAGAGAAGGGGAGUCAGGCUGAGCCCUGACCAAAGGCCUGGCGGAACAACUCCGUCUUACAGGCCCUGCGGAAAGAUGUAUUGGUGACCUCUGCAUUACAUGAUUGGGUGGACUUUCAGUGAUUUUUAUCAAAUGUUGCUUUUGAAUAAAAUGAUGAAUGAGGACCAUGUUGAUUAUAUGCAGGCCUUGAUUUGAUCCAAGGUCCUUUGUAGCUUAACACCAAACUUUAUUUUGAGUGACAGCAUGUAUUCUAUAGCUAGGUUAAAUGAUGAAGAUGAAUGAGUUGAGUAUAGUUUUUUGCCUCGCUGCUAAGAACCAACAAGUAGUCCUACUAUGGAUUGUGCAUUCUGGGGAAAGGAGAAUGCCCUCCUGACAGACCAGUUAGGCAUCACUCUACAGCUCAAAUUAAAUUUCCAUUAUGGCUAACUUGCAUAUUUUUAAUACUAGCUAAGUGAGCGCUUAAAGUGAUAACAAGCCUUGUCUGAAUACUGUGCCAUGAUCCCUGCAUAUCUCUUGGCUCCUGUGCAGCAGAAGUAACAUGGCUAUGUUGAUUUUUCUAGCCAUGGAAUUGCUGUUUUCCCAUACAAGCAGAAAAACAGCAAACUUUGCAGAAAAUUGUUCUUAAAGUGGGACUGGGCAUAGUCAGUUUCAGGAAACCUACCCUUGGGUGCCUUCUGGUGAAAUACAUCAUCAUCUGGGAACAGGUGAUGUCUGAGGAAAGAUCAUUAGUUUAUGAAAAUCUUGAUAUGGGAUUAUCAGAUAGAAGGAUCAUAAUGCUUGUGGCUGGUUUUAAAAUGUUGUGCAAAGCACUUAAUAUACAUUCAAGAAGUCGUAUCACCUAGUUCUAUCAGUCCGACGUUUUUGUUGCCCACUAAGCUGAAUGCUGCCCUCCUACCAUUUAUUGUGAUCUGCCAAAUGCUGACCUCCUGACCCAGAACAGUGACAAAACCAGAUUUGACAAGGAUCUGGCACUCAGAAGUUAUGUAUUCCUACUGUUAAGUGUUCUGGGAAUAACCAACAAAAAGAGAGAUUGAACUCACUGGGUGGUCACAUGGCAUUAAGAUUGCGUCAGCCAUGGUUAAACUUUCCUGAACCAGGAAACUCUUAAUUCCUUCAAGUCAUGUGGCCUUCUGCUGUGUAUUGUAAGCAAGGCAGUGCACAUGAGCAAGGCAUUUAGCCACAAACUCGUUACUAGUCAUACCUUUCCAACAUACUUUCUGAUUUUUAAUCAAGGUUGUUUUUCCUUUCAGCAGUUAACUUCUAUGCAAUCACUGAAGUUGUCUAAAUUAAAGCUAAAUAGUUUGACUUCUUCAUGAAGGCUAUUAGCUGAAAUUAAAGGGCAGCAUGGGUUGUGGAGUUAGUGAAAAGCACUAGCUGUUAAGUUUAGAUUAAUUGGUAUGUGGCAGCAUGAGCCUCUUUGUUCACUAUAAGUGAAGAUGUUAAAGGGGUAGCAUUAAUUCUCUCUGGCCCUUUAUUGAAGAAUAAGCUUCAUUAUUGAGGUGAGAGAGUAGAAUUUUUCAUGGUCUGCUUCUCCCUGUAGUUUUUGGUAACUACAUGAUGAUGGUUUUAUGCGGCCAACAGUGAACGCCUCUGAAUUGCUUUGUACUGCCUUAACAUUUCUUACGUACAUCAAGGGGAGAAUAAAUCCCUCCACUUUUUGCUUGGGGCCCGUUUAAGAAACCAGUCAUCUGUUCCAGGCCUCUGGACUUCACGCAUUUAAUUUGACAGGUGAGAGUAAGAAUAGUGGUGAUGCUGAUAGUAAUGGCCUAACAGGACAGCAUAAAACCACUGUGGCGGUAUGUGUGAGGUGACAUUAAAGGCCAUCUGCUUGAAGUAAUCAUUGAAGUAAAGGGAGUUUAGCAACACGCCUUUAACGUGCAGAACCAUUUUCAAAUUUGCUGUUAAAACCUAGUCUUCUUUAUAUCUUAUAUUUUGAGUUUACCAACUCAGAAUUGGUAAAAAUACCAAUGCAUGUUCCUAUUAAAUAAACAAUUUGACUUUAUUUUCACAUGAAACCACUCUACUGAAAGUUAAUACUCUUCUUUAAUUUCAGAGCCUCCGCCUCCUUUGCUAUGGUAAAAAGGUAAAGGUACCCCUGCCCGUAUGGGCCAGUCUUGACAGACCCUAGGGUUGUGCUAUGGUACUCUGGCUUAUUUAUAUAUUACUUGAGUCUUAAGUUUUCCUCAAGCUUUUUUUUCAGAUUAGUGUGCAGUACUGGUAAAUGGUUAACAUUUCUUUGUUCAUGUUACUUCACGAGUCCUCUGUACAUUGGGGCUUCCAAAAAACUGAGCGGCCCUAAAACCACAUAGUACCCUAGAGGGUGUUUCAACAUUAUGGCUAUGUUCUUAUGUUCCAUCUUAUAGCAUAAAAUAUGUUUCACAUUGUAGGCAAGGGAGAGAUUGACUAGUCAGUGUAUUUCUUCAUGUGACUAAUGAAUACGUUGGUGAAUGAAAGGGAGCAUUUAAAAGUGAAACAUUCCUUCAAGUUCAACACAAGUUGAAAUAACAGCUGGAUAAGGAAGAAACUCUAGCAAUGCUCCCCAGACAUGCUAUGCAGGGUAUAUAUUUUUACUGGUAUAUAUUGAUUAUAUAUCAUGCUGGUAAUUAUUUCUUCUUCAAGUAUCUUCCAAAAAUAAGUGAUAACUAUGAUCAUGUGCAAAUGUCUACAAAUGCACCCAUGAGUUUGCUGCUUCUCCACUUCCUGAAAACAUCCCCAAACAUCUGAGCAUGGAAUAGUUCUUGAGAGCUUUCCAGAGGACCUGCCUCUUCAUCCUUUUGGAGGACGUUGAUGCAAUGAGGCUAGUUGCUAGUGGAUAUAUUGCCUGUUAUGUUGCUGUAACUGCAAGGACUUUUUAUAUAGUAAUGGUUAUUAUGAUUCUGAUUUGUUGUACAGAACUGUUGGAGUGAUUUCACAAUAUAGAAGUUUACUGUUAUAAGAAGUUUACUGAAUUUAUCUUAUCACGCUGAUAGUUUAUUGACUAGCUAGUGGGUCUAGCUGAAAAGGUUAGAUACAUGUAGAAUUUGGAAACUAGGCAAGCUUACACUAAAAACAGGCUACCAUCUGGUAGGUUAUUUUUUCAUGAAUUUGCUUGGUUGACUGUUGAAUGAAAAACAUGCCAAGUGAAACUGUCACAAGCUGUCAUUCUAGGACUCUUGUGGUUGUUUAAGCAUCUAGUGCAACCAGUUUUACAAAUGCUAUCUGAAAGAGGAGGAGACUUACAUUGUUCUGAUGAUAAGGAGGGUGUAGCCUCCUAAAGAAAACUACUUUGCAAAUGCCUAUUGAUGGAGGCUUGUUUAGCAGGCUUAGUUGUAUUUGUAGCUAGUUGAAAUAAUAAAAGGAUUUGGAAUGAAAUUCACCACUUCCUGAAAAUGCAGCCACUGGUAUAGUUACUGCAGAGCAAAUGUGAACCUGUUUCUUACUCUGAACAGCUCAUUGCACUGCUUUUUGGUAAGCAUUUUAUAAUACAGAAUUUUUACUAACAAAUUUAAAAGUGCAGUAUUAAUAAGAUGUAAGAUAAAAAUUAUGUAUUACCAUAGCAGCAAGGUAAGUGCCUUUUUUUGGACAAUAAAAAGGUCAAAGUUUAUCUCAAAGAUCAGAACAUACAAUACAGUCGUACCUCGGCACCCGAAUGCCUUGGGAGUAGAACGUUCCGUCUCCUGAACGAUCAAAAACCGAAAGUGAAACAUUCUUUUCGAAACCGAACGUCCAACAGGGCUUCUGAUUGGCUGCAGGAGCUUCCAGCAGCCAAUCAGAAGCCACGCUUUGGAAGUCGAACAGACUUCCAGAAUGGAUUCUGUUCAACUUCCGAGGUACGGCUGUAGACAAAAGAUACCACAAAUUGAAGGAAGGGAAGAUUAUAUUGGAUAUACUUCCAAAACUGAUGAACUAAAACCAGUUUUCUAUACUCCAUUUUUUUUUAUUAUUGAUAUUUAUUAAAUUUUCAAAGAAUAACAACAAAAAUUUCCCAAAAAAAAUUUGGGGAUACAAAAAACAAAAAUAGUACAUAAACAAAAAAGAAAAGAAAACCCAGCCGCAAAGAAAAAAAAAGAGAAACAGAAAAACAAAAAUAUAAAGUCCUUUACAAUCUCUAUUGACUUCCUUUCUAGACUUCCUCCUCCUCCCCUCUUUUGUUUCUUAAUUUUUAAUUUUUACAGCAAAUCCUUUCUGUUUUUCAUAACAAUCUGUCAUUACGUUUCCUUAUUCUAUUUUCCCUCUUGUCAUAUAAAAACUUUAAAACUCAUAGCUUAUAUUCAAUAUUUACCAAAUUCUUGCAUCAUUACCUUUUUACGAAUCAUUUACCAAUCCUUACUUAAGCCAUGUAAUUUCAUUCAACAUCCUUCAAACAUUUGUAAGCAUUCCCAAUAUUAAAAAAUAAAAUAAAAAAAUAAGUCAAAUUCAGUCCAGUCAGCUUCCAACCUCCCCUCCCCUGGACCCGGGAUUGUCAGUCCUUUUAACCUCGAUAAUCCGGCUCCUUAACCUGGUUGUCUCGUAUCCGAGGCCCUCAAGUCUCUUUCUUGCCCCUUUCGCCACUCUUGUUGAUGAUUCCUUUCCAGUCGUGGAUGCUCCAGCAAGAAAAUGCUUUUGACCCUUUGCAGCAAGUCCAUCCCAAACCCAUUGCCCAAGCCAGACAGCAAAUAAUACCACUUCAAAUUUCCACAAAGCUUGGAGACUUCAGCUACUCCAAUCCUCUGAUAGCCCAUCACCAGACUCGGAAGGUCCAAAUAACCAUAUGGAGGGGUCGAUCCAUCCCCCAUUUCCAAAUCUGACCACAUUUCAUCUUUCCGAAUCUGGUUUGUCCCAAGUUCAUUUAUCAAGUUCAAAGGCUGAUCUUGCCCGUCCAAAGGUCCCUCCAUCUCUGAAGCCUCCGUCACUACAGCAGGUUCAUAUGCUUGUAUAGCCUUUAACUGAAUUUCAUUUGUUUGCUGCUGUGCUCUGGUAACUUCCAUCAUCAAGGUCGUCUCCUGACGCAUCUGGUCCAGCUGGGCACUUAGUUUUGAAAAACCUUCCAGGAACAAUUGUUCAAGCCUUUGUACUAGCAUUGUCCUUCAAGGUCAAAGAAAAUUCUUUCCCACGACAAUAGUCCAAUAGUCCUUCUCUUUUAAUCUCUCUGCGUUGCAAUUUCACUAAAUUCCACUAGAUGGAAAUUUUUUUUUUUUAAAGGAAUAAAAGCAACAGCAACAAUCUUUCUUUUCCAGAAACACUUUAUCCAAAAUUCCCCUUCCAAAUUCAAGAGGCAACAGUAGAAUCAAAAUGUUACCCUUCUUUUAACUAACUGUCGAGCUGGAUAAACUUCAGAACGUCAAUUCUGACAGCCCGCUCCUGGUUCAGGGCGGUGGAAAAUUGCUUUAUUUUAAACUCACUUCCGCAGGAUUGAAAAGUCCAAAUACAACCCCUUCUUCUCCUGCAGUCAAAGGGGGUUCAGAAAUCUUAGAUGUUGAAUUCUAGUUCUCUUAGAAUUUAAUUUUCAAGCUUUAGUAUAUUUUGUCUUUGCUUUCUUCACAUAACAAAAGAACGGAAGGCGACUUCCUGUUUAGACCUUCCCAUUCCGAGUCCCAAUUAAGUUCAAUUUCAAGUCCAAUAUUAUUUGUUUAUUCACCAGUCUUAAAAGUGGUUCAACUCUUCCAAGAUCAGGUACUCACGGAUAGAUAUUUUAGAUGCCAAAUUGUCCAGGAAAAGGCAUCGCUCUCCGAUAACGGCAGUGCGGCUUUGAUGCACGGAGGAAGCAGUCGACUCACAGCACCACGCACCUCCACUCCGGAGCCCGUUACCGGGCUCCUGUACCAGGGGAGAGAGCGCCCUCGGUGCCCGCCGUGUCCCACGUCCACAGGCUUCUUCCGCCUGUGGUUUUUGCGGGUCCCCGCUGCGCCGUAGCGGCAGGACCCAAGCCUCCGUGCAGCGGGUUCCCUUCAGUCUGAAGGGAAUUCCGCCAUUUUCCGGAGGCGCCACCCCGGAAGUCUCAGUUUUCUAUACUCCAGACAUAUCCAAGAAAUGGAAUCCAGGGCAAAGCUUUGCAUUUCUGUACUCCUAGUUUCCAUGUUUGGAGGAAGGGCUGAAUCUGGCCAAGAAUAGCAGGCCUGCCCCUUGCUGUGCCUGAGGGCAUGUCUUCAAUGAAUAUAAAGGCAGGGAGUCGGGUAGAGAAUGGGCAUUGGGUAGCAUCUAAAACUGGCCCACUCUCCAUCACCUGAUGUCCUGUGAUGUCAGAUGAUUCAAAUUUCAACAUGGGAGCAGGCACAGGCUCAUUUUUUAUCUUAGUGCUUCACUCUUGACAGUUCUUUGACUGGAGAUAAGCCUUUUCUGCCUUUUACCAAGCACCUCUGAUCUUAGUGCUGUGGUCAGAGAGAAGAGAAAUGCUGCGAACAGACAGAGGGUUGUCUUCUGCCUUAGCACUGUGGCACUUAGCACUAGGAUUGGAGAUAAGAGAUCCCUUAGCUCUGAUUUUAGCAUUUAGUUCUUACAUCAGUAAUAGAUCUGCUUGACAUUGUAUAACAUCAGGUGAUUGAAAGGUGGCUGUAGUUUGCACAAAAAUGUCUUGCAGCCCAAAUUAAGAGGCCUGGUGGACAUUAUUAGUGCCAUGGACUGGAGGUUCCCAUCUCUGGCUUGGAGAAUUGCCCAAAACUCUGCAUCCUACCCUUUCAUAUUUAAAGAUGGUUCCUUAGCUACUAUAGGGACGCAGGUGGCACUGUGGUCUAAACCACAGAGCCUAGGACUUGCCAAUCAGAAGGUCGGCGGUUCAAAUCCCCAUGAUUAGGUGAGCUCCCAUUGUUUGGUCCCUGCUCCUGCCAACCUAGCAGUUCGAAGGCACAUCAAAGUGCAAGUAGAUAAAUAGGUACCACUCCGGUGGGAAGGUAAACAGCGUUUCUGUGUGCUGCUGCUCUGGUUUGCCAGGAGCGACUUAGUCAUGCUGGCCACAUGACCCAGAAGCUGUCUGCGGAAAAACGCCGGCUCCCUCGGCCAGUAAAGUGAGAUGAGUGCCGCAACCCCAGACUCGUCCGCAACUGAACUUAAUGGCCUGGGGUCCCUUUACCUUUACUUAGCUACUAUAGGCUGCUUUUACACACCAGAGCCAAAAUGGCUACUGAAGAAUGAAUAAAUUUAGGACCAGUCAGCACCCUGGUUAGUUCUGAUUAAGGAUGUGCCGUAUAGCCUGCAGUUGCUGGUAGUAGUUGAUAGCAGAAGCAUUUCCCUUUUUUGUGUUUCCCUUUUUGGAAACACAGUCGAGUGAAGGUCCCCACUGGCAGAAGGGGGUGGAAGGUAAUGUUCAGUGAUAUCCCCCUUCUUCUUUUGCAGCCCCCAAUGUCAUUUGCUUUGUUGUUCUGGGUGGUUCCCAACCCCCCAAAGCUGAUUUUUGGAGGGCACAGGGAGCUGAUGGUGAAAAGGGGAGUACAGUGGAACCUCGAGUUGCGGAUGUAAUCCAUCCCGGGCACAUGUCCGCAACUCAGAGCGUCCACACCCAAAAGUGCCGCAUGUGCGUGGCACGAUUUAGCGCUUCUGUGCAUGCACGAGCGGUGAAACCCAGAAGUAACCGUUCCGCUACUUCCGGGUUGCCAUGGGACGCAACUUGAAAAGAGGUAACCUGAAGCAGACGCAACAUGAUGUAUGACUGUAGGUGAAAACCUAGUCGCUCUCCCAGCUCACAACCAGAAGUAGUAUCCCAUUCGCAGGAACUUAGGAUCCAUUUCAUAGAUUCUACUCUGGGAAGCAAAUAACGUGUUACCUUUAAUAAAAGCUAGAAGACUUUAGUUUUAACCUUGGGCCCUACAAAAAAGAGCUUACGCUUGCCAAUUAUAACUCUGCUUUUCAUAUUUAAAGCAAGUGUUUCAAGCGGUUUGCCAUGUCUCUCUCUUACGUUAACAGUCUCUUUAUCCUUAAUUAGAUUGGAGAGUGGAAAAGCUAAAUUACGGUCAUCAUAAUAGUGUAAGAAGCUCUAGUUAUUAAGUGUCAUUUGGCAAGAAUUUCAGUAGUUCUGCUAUGUUUGAAUGAUUAGUUACUACCUAAAAGCAGAAAAAUCUCCAUUCAAAUCACAUCUGAAGGCACUGUCAUCUUCUGUUCUUCUAGCUUCACCCCUCUGCCUUUUAUGAGCUCCACCUCCAUGUUUGCUGCAGUUACUCUUCCCCUACACAUUUCAUGCACUUUGUUUUAUUGGAGAUGCGAGUGGGCAUACAUGUACCUGUUUCCCUGAUGGGCAGAGCUAGAAGAAUCUGAUGGCUCUUGUAGAUAAAAUUUUGACGUUGAUCAUGAAAAAUAUGUUGUUGGUGUAUUAUGCCAAGAUAUUAGGAUGCAGUUUACAACAUACCUCUCUUGUCUAGAAUUGUGCUACCAAUUUUUAGAAGUAAAAAAGGGAAAUGAAGAGUUGUAUAUUUUAGUAGAUGAUUGCUCUUGGGUAGUAAUUCUCAGUGACACUUUUUUAAUUUCUAAGGCUAGUUUGAGUAGUAAUUUUUGAAACCAAUUAGAUGCCUGCUCUGUAUAUUUGGAGACUUAAAAAGAAGGGGGACUGGAUGUAAUUAUUUAUAUGGUGUAAGCCACCUUGAGCAAGCUUUAAGCUUUGGGAAGGCAGCAUACAAAGACUUAAGCAGUUUAAUAUACUUUGAAUAUAUAAAAAUGAAGGCUAGAGAAGUGAUAAAACAGGGUUGAGAAUAGUGGUGAUCCCUAGAUAUGGAGGUGGGGAAUUAAUUAAUAUUCACAUGGCAGGAUGUUGGAGAAUUUCUAGAGCAGACAUGCAGACCAUGGAAGAGAACUAGCUGCACUUGAGUUUUUAAUGGUACUUGAUAAAAAUUCAUCACUGUUCAGGAAGUUAUGUGAGGAUUAUGCAGCUUGCAAAUACUAGGAAAACUACCCUGGAAACAGUGUUAGAAACAGAUAUGACAGCUUGAAACUAAAUGGCACCUUAAACCUAGGUUAUGGGCAUAGAGCUCAGAAACUGCUCUCGCAGUAAUGAAAUUCCCUGUCGCAAAAUGCUCCUAGAACAAUGGGAGUUUCGAACACUGCCUGGAGACUAACAUGGGUGCUAAAUAAAAUGAAGUCCUGUCUGAAGGGGCAGUCUUUGGUGAAUAAGAACAUUCAUAUAUAAAAGCCACCCUUUGAAAUUUCCGUUCUGGUCAGAAGUGGGAACAUAAUGGUAUUGAAAAAUGUCUGAUGCUAAUGCCUUACUAAAAUUUAAUCUGGUUAGGAGCUGUACCAGUGCUUUAGGUAAGAAGGAUUAAUGUAUAGUUGAUUUCAUAAGUAUUGAAGUGUUGCAAAUAUACACUGAACUUUAAACUGCUUAGGACAGUGUUGGGAAAUUCAGCUCUAAAUUCCCCAUCCACUAGCUCAACAGAUUGAGUUAACUUUAAAAGAUUGAAGUCAAGUCCUGUGAUGCUCAAGGUUUUGGAAUUGUUAUUUACUCUCUCUCUCUCUUUCUCUCUACCUCCAAAGGCUGGAAUUUCUGGUGUUGUGAAGCGAUGUCUCCUGGAUUUUAAUCAUUCAGCUAAUACUAUCCCUCCACAAUAUUUUUACUUUCAUAACUUUAUUUGGCAUGCUUUGUUACUAGUAAUCUGGCAGUAGGACUUAAUCACAUGGUCUUGAUCUCCUUAGCAAAGCUUGGUGUAAUCUCUAAUGGAACACUACCAAGGGAGCCCAUUACCUGGCAUCAAAAGGCCAAUAUCCUCAUCAUUUAAGAUUGUCCAUUGAACAACAUUGUAUGAAGAUGAGGUACACAUUACUGUAUGUUUUUGUGUGGAGCAGCAAACUUUGUAAAAGUGUUCAUGCCAGAUUCUUUUUUGUCAAACACUUAUGUGUUUCUGGGUCUCCUACCUUUCUGUAAAUAUAAUGCAGUUAGGGUAUGGAGUUCAAGACACUUAAUGUAUAGAGCUUUGUUAGCAUUACUAGAAGUGAGACAAGUGGGGCAGAGUUGCAUUAUAGCCUCAUCUGUUAACAGGCACACUACUGUUCAGAGUUACAGCUAGAUCAUACUAUUGUUUUAUGUUUGCUUGUUAUUGCUAAACAUAGUUUUAGCAAGCCCCAGUUUUCCUGAAUUUCGACAUAAUGAAUAAUUGUGCUUUAAUUUUAAGUUUGAGAGUAGACACUUGAUCUUCCUCUGAAGGAUGGUUUGUUCUGGCUUCUUCCCAUAGCAGGAAAGCAUGGUUUCCCAUUCUGUCAGAACCAAGUUGCUAGCUUUAGUCUUGCAUUUACCACACAAUGAAGAACAAAUGUUACUGUGAUAACACUGGUCAACAACAAAUUUGUUGUCUGCGUUUUUUCAGCUGAUUUAGGACGAAUCUGAUGCGCUGAAUCCAAAAAUCACAUUGGUUUUGCUCAAUCAGGUCAAGUUUUUGAGUUAUGGCCACAUGUCGUUUUUUUACAUUUUUGUUCACAUGUACGCUUGUGUGGAGCAUUUUAGAAGAAGUUGGUGGGGGUAAAAUGCCAUGUCGAAUAAUUGUUUUGAUUGGAAAUUAUUAUUUUAAUGACAAGAAGUAUUCAGGUUUGAUAGUUCUGGGUGAUUAUGUCGAAAAGAGGUCAGUUUGAAGUCAUAAAACCUCGAAAUCUUCCAUAAAUUGGUGCGGCAAAGCAUAAAGUUGGGGGAUCAAAACCCCUGGCUCACUCGAGUACACUGAAGGAGAACUAUGAAGGGGUGAAGUAUGUGCUGGAGAAAAUUGGUUAUGAUCAGCAUAAGUGGUUUAUUUGUGUUGACCUGAAGAUGGUGAACUUUUUGUUGGGACAACAGUCUGGCUUCACCAAGUACCCAUGUUUUCUGUGCAUGUGGGAUAGUAGGGACCGUGCUCAGCAUUACACGAAGAAGGACUGGCCUGUGCGGGAGGAAUUGGUGCCUUGCAGAAAAAGGAACGUCAUCAACGACCCUCUGGUGGACAGAGACAGAAUACUCUUCCCACCGCUGCACAUCAAGCUCGGCUUAGUCAAGCAGUUCACCAAGGCUCUGGACAAGGAUGGUGACUGCUUCACUUACUUGUGCCAGGCUUUUCCAGGAUUGACCAUGGAGAAGUUGAAAGCUGGCAUCUUUGACGGUCCUCAGAUCCGUCAGCUCAUCAGAGAUCCAGAGUUCGGAAACUCAAUGAACAAAGUGGAACUGGAAGCGUGGAAGGCAUUUGUUCUGGUAGUGAAGAACUUUCUUGGCAACAAUAAGGCCAGAAACUACGCAGAACUUGUCAACAACAUGCUGACUGCUUUCAGAAACCUGGGCUGCAACAUGAACGUCAAGAUGCACUACCUAUUUUCACAUAUGGACCGGUUUCCUGAGAACCUGGGUUCAAUGAGUGACGAGCAGGGGGAGAUUCCAUCAGGACAUGAAAGAGAUGGAGACCAGGUAUCAGGGUCGCUGGGAUGCAGUCAUGAUGGCUGACUACUGUUGGACUCUGAAGAGAGACCUCCCUGCCGCUGAGCAUUCCAGGAGUUCCAAGAAACGGAAGUUCAAGCCCUGAAGUUUGAAAAAUGGUGAAGCAACAUGUAAUUUACGUGUACUUACCUUUAUCAAUGCCCACCAUUCAGUUUUCAGUAAUCGAUGUUUCUAUCAGGUAAUCAAUAUAUGUUGUUGGAAAAACAUUUUUUUCUCGUAAAAUCAUAUUUAGGAUGAUAUGUGUUGACAAAAAACAGCUGAUAAUGCCACAAAAAUGUAAUCGAUUUUGUCACAAGAUCUGAUUUUUUCAAAUCAACAUAGCACAAAAACCUGACCUGAUGGAGCGAAACAGAUGCCAUUUCCUGAUUCAGCAGUGCAAAAAUACCCUAAAUCAGUUGUAGAAAUCUAGACAACAUUCAAAAAGUAAAAAAUUGUUGCCCGGUGUAAUCAAUGUUGUCUGUACAAAUCCAAAAUAGAAGAUAUGAUUGUUAUCUUCUAUACUCCUUGGGCCACACGGAAAGACAUAACACAAGGUCAGUGGGUGGAGCUUCAGUGUUCUUUGUGGCUCCUUGGCACUCUCAUGGCCACUGAGCAUUCCAGGAGGCUAAAAAGGCUAAAUUUCUGUAAUUUAAUUCGGUUGCAGAAUUCAGCUUUCCUCAGUGCAUAGGCUUGCUUUGGGGUCCUCCCUCCCUCCCUCCCUCCCUCCUUCUCUUUAAUUGCUGAGUACACAUUGCAAAGGACACAUAGACAGGGUACAGCCUACCUGAUCAGAACCCCUUCACUAGGCCAGUAAUGUGAAGUGUAUCCUUUAAAACCCAGUGUCCCACUUUCUUGCAAGUUACUACAGACUUGGUGUGGGCCCAUGGCUAUGAAAAGGUUCCGCUGCAAUGAAUCACUCGGUAGUCUCUGAGGUGCCACAGGAUCUCUUGCUUUUUUAAAAAAAAUUGUUAGUUCACCUGAUGCAGAAUGCUCCACAAGAAUAUGCCUUGAAACAUAAUUCAUGGUGUACUUAAGGUUAAAGUGACAAAAACAGUGAAUGAGAAGAUACAGGGCUUGAAAGGCAAAGAAUUAAAGGAGCUAAAGUGCUAAAAGGACAAAGUUCACAUUCUUGUCCUAUGUUCAUUCUCUAUUCAUUGGUGAAAAUGACCUACAAUGGAUAGGAAAGAUCAAUCUGAUGGGAUUUUUCCCCUCCGCCAAAUAACUUUUAAAACCUUACCAGCAGGAGGCAACUUCCUCCCUUACAAUACAGGAAGCGAGCCCUUUGUGGCCUUUAAAGAGCUCUGCCAAAAAAAUAAUAGCUUUAAUCAAAGGGCUAUCUAAAAGACCUCACCUUCAUAUUUAAUCUUUCAAACUUCUCUAAACCAUUCUGAUAAAUGUGGAAGCUCUGAGAGACUGGUUUCAUAACCUGAACACUCAGCUUGAAAGGGAAGCUCUUCAUUAACAACGAAGAGUUUCUAGCGCUGUGGGCUGAGACCAGAAUGAAACCUAUGAUCUCAGUUUUCAGCUGUUCUGAAAGCUUAGAAAGAGGGGUUCUGAAUAAUGGGCUAUCUUGUUUUCUUGGUACUUUUUUUAAAUCACAAAAAGUUGUGAGGAGCAGGAAAUAGCUUUUAUAGUUCCUUCCUCCCCCAAGCCAUAACUCAGUUGUAGACAUCAGGAUGUUUUUCUUGGCUUAUCUCUUUCAUUUCAGUUUGUCUUGCACAUCUGUCACAUAAAUUAUUGAACCUUUACUUCCAAAGAUGGAAAUAGAAAACAUGAUUUUUACAGUGCUGAGCUGAAAUUGGCAUUGUUGGCCAGAAGAGAUAAUUGUUGGUGUUUUGGUGCUUGUAGAAUGGUCUGGUAUUUCUUGGCUUGGUAGCAAGCAGAUGGAGAAAUGUUUCACAGCACGCUUACUAGGAAGCCUUUUUGGAGAUUUAGGAAUAACAUUAAAAAUCCAAGUUGCAGGCUUCUCGGUAUUGCUGAAGGGUGAGUUCACACAUAUGCACUUAUUGGGUUUUUAUUCCUCUGUACAAUUCCUACACAGCAGAAACACAAGGAGAAACUCAGUGGCUGCCGUGUAAACAUAAAAGUAAGCCAUGCUUUGUUUUAACCAUGCAAACACACUGUGUCUUGUUUUUCCAGAGUUUGGGUGGUUUUCCAGCUGCUCUUGCCUCCUGUCUUUGUAGCUCGACAAGUAUCUGGGAUGCAGUUGCCAAACGAACAAUAGUUAAACAAGACUGCUGGUUUUAGACAUAACACCAAACCACAGCAAUAGCAAACCAUGAUUUGUAAGCUAACAACAAAACAUGGUAUUGCUGGACUGGCUUUGCACAUUCCACAGUUCCAUAAACCAUAGUCAAGCUAAACAAAUCAUGGCUAAGUGUUAAGUCCAUACCAGAUCAUUCUCUGCCUCCCUUUUUUGGCCAGGCUCUGCCCUUUAUCUUUUUUCUAAUCGUGUUCCUCCUCAUGAGAUGUCAAAUUUAGAAUAGGGGAGAGGCCUGUGGAUCUUUCCCAUACAGUGGUACCUUGGGUUAAGUACUUAAUUCGUUCCACAGGUCCAUACUUAACCUGAAACUGUUCAUAACCUGAAGCACCACUUUAGCUAAUGGGGCCUCCUGCUGCCGCCGCGCCACCGGAAUAUGAUUUCUGUUCUCAUCCUGAAGCAAAGUUCUUAACCUGAAGCACUAUUUCUAGGUUAGCAGAUUCUGUAACCUGAAGCGUAUGUAACCCGAGGUACCACUGUAGUUGUGUUUUGCUUCUGAGUUAUUUGGAGGACAUUGGCAGCCCCACUACGUGUGUGGGGAUAAACCCUUUCCCUGCUGACCAGUUCCAUACUUAGAGCCGGAAUGGUAGUAAGGAUUUCUUGUUGCAGUUGGACUACUAAGUCCCUUAGAAACAGCAGCUUGAACCUGAAGAAGGGUAAUGAUCUUCCUUGCAAUAGUGCUGGGCUUCCUUUCCAAAGGGCAAUUGAACAGUCGUUAUAGCAUAUGGCAUUGAAGACCGCUGCUCUAGCUGCUUGUCACAAUCCCCAGAUCAGAUCAGAUCACUUCACUAGUGAUGCCAGAAAAAGAGAGACAUUCCUGGAGCAACCAGGUGCAGAAAGAUAAGAUAUGAAAGGGCUCAGGCCUCUCUCUGAUUAAAGAGGUGCAUGCUUUAUACGUGAAUGCAGAAGACACAUUGAUGAUGCCCCCAUGGUGUCAUUGUGUCUCAAAGUUAAAUUAAAAAUCUGAAUGCAGAUGGAAGACAUAGAUGUUACCAUCCAGUGAAAAUGCUUCCGGGCCAUGGUUUUUUUCUGGUUUUGUUAGUCUUAACAUGCAUGCACACACACCCCUACAUUAACAUUAUUUAGAAAGAAAUGAAGCAGAAAUGUAUCUGUACAUGUUUGUGUAUCUGCUGUUUUGUGGAUAUAUUUAUUAGAAAUGGUUCCUGAUACAUUUAAUGAUUUUAUUUGUUGGUUUGCAGCCUUAACUUGUGUGCGUAAUCUUUUGGGUUUGAGCUUCCCGGGAAAGUGCAAUGUGAACAUCUUAAAUUUUUUGAGUGAAUGGUCAAUUUGUUCUUACUCUCUGGCAGAAGUGGUGCCAUGGCAAUCAGUUCAUAGGAGAUGGAAUACAGCUAAACGACACAACUUUCCUUCUUUGUCAAUGUUAAUGUUUCUCACAUGGUUUGCUGGCCUCUAGUGGCUUAUGAACAGUGCUGGGGUUCUUGAGCCCAAGUUUCUCGUGUUACUGAUUAAAUGCUCUGUUGAAGACAUUUCAGGCUCAGCUGGAGAAGCAUUACAUAAGUUAUUUUUAUAGCAAAUGAAAAAAUAUUUCUGGAAAACUGCUUAUAAUAAGACUCUUAUUGACAGACACAGCUAAUUCAGAAGAACUUGGGUGGGAGGAUAGCAACACCAUCCAUGCAUGUAAACUAGUCUAUGCCUGGGAUAGACCAUCUAAAAUCAAGUUUUCUUAUCCCUGUAAGAAGGAUAAACUUUAAGCCAUUAAAUGUUUUUAAAAGACUGUAGGGAUAUACCCUUUUUCACCCCAUGCAGCUAUACAUUACACAACCAAAAAUAAAACUGUAUGUGUAUACAUAGAGCAAGGGAGGGUAGAUUUCAAGCUUGCUGCAUCCACUUUGUUUUUUAAUAGAACAGAGAGAUUCACCAACUGGGCCAGGUAGACAACAUUACUUAGAAUUAAAGAAUUCUGAGUCUAUGAAUUUUUAUUUUGAGUACCAAAAUUGAACUGAGCUCAGUCUUCCACACAAAUCUCCCUCUCUCUUUCAAACACAAACUCUCUUUCUCUUUUCAUGUUAGAAGUAUAAUGGGGGCAGUGAGAGUCAUUUUGUUUCCCUUGUUAAAAUAUUUGGGAAAUGGAAAUCUUUGGUCUGCUUCUGAGGUUUGUUAGGAGAUCCUAGAUCUUGAUCUGCCUUUUGCCCACCUCUGCAUAAAGUGCAUUUUUAAAAUAACAUUGCCACAGAAAUUGCCUUUGUGAUAGAGUUUGGUGUGCUUUGAAUAUAGUUGUCAUGAUAUCUCUGUGUAUAACAGCAACCUUCUACGAUGCUACAGUAUCAAACUGAAUGGAUGCAAACUAACCAAGUGCAAAAAACAAAACAAAAACACCCACACCUGAUUUUGAUUUAAAACAAAAAAUUCUGUAACAUGUUUUAUGUACUCAACCUGUUAAAAAUGCAAUUACUAUUUUCUCUUUUUAGUGUUCACCAUUUACAACUCAUAGUACAACAAACCGAAAAAUACUGAAAUAUAAGCACACACUUCAACUAUAAAUGUUGCCUACAAUCCAAGGUAGCAAAAGAUAUACAAAAUAUAUUCCAGAAGCUGUUAAUUCUUCAUGCAGCCUUUUUAUAAAAAGAAUGAAGACUAACAAAAAAAUGACUCUAUACAGUGGUACCUCUAGAUACGAAUGGGAUCCGUUCCGGAGCCCCGUUCGCAUCUAGAAGUAAACGUAAGUAGCAACGGCACGUCUGCGCAUGCGUGUGACAUCAUUUUGAGUGUCUGCGCAUGCGCAAGCGGCGAAACCCAGAAGUAACGUGCUCCGUUACUGCUGGGUUGCCGAGGAGCACAACUCGAACGCGCUCAACUCGAAGUGUAUUCAACCCGAGGUAUGACUGUAGUCAUUGUGUUCAAUGAGACUUGCUUCUAGACUAGAGACACAUGCUUAGGAUUACAGCCUCAAGUUUCAAGAUUUCCACUAGAUUUCUGGCAGUCAUCCUGAGCUAACAGAACAAGAUUUGGGGAACAUUGUACAAGUUUGGCUGUUGCUUGGAUGCAAUGAGUGUUAACUAUAUAUUUAUUUUGCACAUGGAUGAACAAGAUUUGAGCAAAUCUGAGACACUUCAGAAGCAAUAAUUUUUCAUUGCAAAUGUCAUAUACUUGUUUCCUAUAUUUUCCAAGCAUUCACAAUACCAUAAUUGCUUUUUUGUAUACCUGGGACAAUAAAAAGCUUAGCUGUAACCAUGCUUCCCACUUCCGCUGCUUGUUUCCCUGACUGAUUCAGAGGUUAUUUUUAAAAAGACAGUGGAUUGGAUUCAGACAAAUUUAGCCGAUACUCUGCUUGAAAUGAAAGGAUUUUCACCCAACACAUUCUUAAUCUGCGUGCUUUCCAAAGAUUCCCCAGGGAGAAUGGGGAUUCUCUGGAACUGUAGGGUGGGUUUGACCUCUGCUGGAGCAAAGUCCUACCACAAAUAAAGGGAGCCCUUCCAUUAAUUGGAGGGCAACUCUGGAUAAGUGAGCUUUGUUUGUUUGCUUAUAUAGAAUAUUUUUUUUAAACCGCCUUAAGGACAUUGUCCUUUAAAGUGAUUGGAUUGUACAGUAUUUGUAUUCGCAUGCGUGUUGAGAGAGGCUUGCCUCAAGUGCACUUUGGCAGUUGAGAUCAUUCUUUAAAAGAGCCUUCCCUAUCCAAAUCCUAAAUGUGGAGUAUGCAGACACUUUAAGAGAAACUCCAUACAUGAGUCUUCAGGGGAAGCCCUAUUACCCAGAACAGUGUAUGCUCGCAGGCUUCAUUGUCAAAACUUUCACCUCACAGUGUUUGAAACUUUCUGCCCACAGUUGUUGUUUUUGCUGGAAACUAAAAAAAACCCCCUGAUAUCAUUUUCCUUACAUUAAUGUAAUUGUUUUCAGCUACGGGAUCCAUUCCACUUUGGUGUUUGUUUUGAGAGUGUUGUAGAAGUUCUGUCAAGCUGCCUCAGAGAAGCCUAGAGGUACCUUUAGCAAACCACACGAUUGACCCACUCUGGGAGCUUUGAGGACUGUGCAUAUUUUGCAUUUAUAAUAAUACAUGUCCCUCAGUCAUGAGGCUGCUGUGAUCAGGUCAGAAAUCAUGAAGAUUAGGAAGAUAUCCUGAUUCUGGAAGUGCUCCCCCCCACACACACACACUCAGAACUCUUGGAAUGGGGAGACUUGCCAAUCCCUAGAUACUUCUAUCAGUUCAACAUAGUUGCUACAAAGUGAAUUUUGAGAUACUUCCCAACACACACAUAUAUGGAGUACACACACACACACACACACACACACACACACUAAUGUAUGGCAACUCUUAAAACUAUAGGUAGUAAUCAACUUUUGCUCAGUAUGGACUCAUUGAAAUUAAGCAACCUGCCUUAGUCAUGUUGAAUAUAAUCCUAUUUUUCUGGAAAGAAGAGAACACUUUUAAUGGGAAGACGUUUACAUGAUAAUAAUAAUAAUAAUUUAUUACGGCCGUAGGCCCAUACAGAUAAAAACAAGACAUAAAUAACAGCCUGUGCACAUGGGAAAAAAACAGCCGCUAAAACAAUACUAUAACAAUAAGCUACUAUAAGAUGGAAUGGCAUACUACGCCUUAAUUAGCUUGUGGUGCUCCUUGGCGACGCUUUUGGGUAAGGACAGCGACCAGGAACCUAGCCACUUUCAGGGUCGUAUGGGCAUCCUUAUCCUGCAAGAUUUGGGCAAGGUGGAAUUUUGGUGGAGUACCCUCUAAUUUCUGUAUGAUUGAUCCCAACAAGUUUGCCCGUGGCACCUUAAAUAAGGGGCAAGUGAACAUAAUGUGCUGAAGCGACUCCGGCAUCUCCUUAUCACAUUCGCACAUGGCGGAGGUUUGGCCCUUUGAGAAUCUAUGUCUCAGGACAUUGGAGGGAAAACAUUAAACCUCGCUUUGGUGAAGGCCAGCCUAUGGGCAACAGUCGAAAGGGAGGAGAGGUAUGAUGGAACGCAAUAAGUUAAAGUGAUACCAAUGUUCUGGGGCGAACAAACACCUCCCCCCACGUUUACAUGAUAUAAAUGAUUUUCAGACGUAACUAGACAAUCAUAGAAUUAUAUGGGGAAAAUAGUCAAUUUUUUCUUUAAUAGAGAAAACUGGAAUAUUGUGUCCAGUUCUAGGUGCUACAAAUUAAGAAGGAAAUUGACAGGCUAGAAUGUAUGGUGACCAAGAUAAUCCAGGACCUGGAAAACAAGCCUCAUGAGGAACGGUUGAGGCAGCUGGGUAUGUUUUAGGCUUGUGAAGAGUAGAGGGGAUAUGAUAGUCAUCUUCACAUAUCUAAAGAGCAGUUACAUGGAGGAUGGAGCAAGUCUGUUUUCUCCUGCUCCGGAGGUAGGACACUGAACUAAUGGAUUCUAGUUACAAGGAAGGAGAUUCUGACUAAACAUCAGAAAGAACUUUGACCAUAUGAGCUGUUCCACAGUGGGGCCGACUCCCAUGAGAGGUGGUGGUCUAUCCUCCUUUGGAGGCUUCUAUGCAGACAUUGGAUGGCCACCUGUCAUGUAUGAUCUAGUUGAGAUUCCUGCAUUGCAGGGAGUUGGAAGAGAUGACCCUCAGGGUCCCUUCCAACUCUGAUUCUAUGAAAUAUUAGAUAGCCACCCAAGCUGGAAAGAACUAGACAUUCAUAGCACAUGAAUCAAGUGGCUUUGAUGAAAAAUGUAUAUGUGACUCUGGGAUACUGGGCUGCCUAGGGCUUCUUUGAGAGGAAGACUGGGAUAUAAAUCCAAUAAAUAAAUAAAAUACUCUUACUUUAAAUACUGAUGUUUGAAUUAGGUUGGUUACUCCAAAUUAGCUACCCUGCUUCGCUAGUUUUCAUCUAAACAGCAGGGCACUCUUGUUUACCAGAGUUCUAUUCAUAAACUUGGCACAAAAUAUCUUUGUGGUCUUGUCAGCUUUUUCAUAUAUUACACAGAAGCAGGCAAAGGAGAUUCAAGAGUAGCAUACAAAUUCUGGGUAACUAAUUCACCAGCUGCUCUUGGUUUUACAGAACCCAUUUCAUGUAGGUCUCACAAAAGAAGAAGCUGAAAAUAAGGAUUAAAACUAGUUUAAACUUCUGCUUUCUUUUAUAGCUACAUACCACAUUGAUUUUUGCCGAAGCAGUAAUGGGGUUAGAAAUGAGUUUCAUCUAGUUUUAUUCAUGUGGACUUUUUUUUAAUGGUUCGUGACAAAUAUUCUAAUUGCUCAGGUUUUAAAAUAACAGGCCGGUCCCUGCCAGACAGUGUCCUGGAUUAUAGCAGGCUUUAAGCAUAACGUGCUCAGUCCAUUUGUCAAUCCAGCUAUUGUGUAGGCCAUUGCAAAGAAUUCUGUCUAUGAAGUCCAGCAAGAUUCCUUGGAAGAGGCCCAGGAUAAACUAACCAGAGAGGCCCUCCCGCCUGGUGUCUGAAAGUGUCCUCAGAUAUCAAAUUUAUAUCAAUCACAGGAAGUCUUGGCAAUCAAACCAGUCACUUUUCUCCCUCACAUCUGGAAGUAAAAAAAAAAAGCUGCUCUAAAGGUCACAGGCAUCAUGGGUAGGGCAUGGAUUGAGGGCCAUAGAAAACAUGGGAAAGGAAGAAUAAAACUAGAUUUCCACCUUUUUUAAAAUAGUUAUUUUUAAAUGACCUGGAACAUAGCCAAACUACACAACCUCCCCCCCGCCCCUCGGUUUACGUUUGGUGCUGAAUGAAAUGCGGCUGAAGAUUUUGUUCUGGAAUGCUACAUCUCUUUUGAGGGGUUAUUAGUACUUUUCCCUGUUUUGCUGGGAAUAAUAUUUUUAUAGCAGGAUGGAUUCAGAGAUAGAGUGUGCUGCCUUACUUAGUGCUGUUUAUAACUAGUAGUUUUAGGUUGUGUGUUGUUCUAACUUCCCCCAAUCUGCUCUUUUAACUUCCUCACAGAUUGCUUUACUCCUGAACUUUUUAAUCACUCCUAACUGAACUGAUAUGGGUGCCUGUUAAUGGAUGUUUGUGGCUUUUCUUUCCUGCAUGACUUGCAAUCUUGAGCAUUUAACCUAGAAAAAUGUAGGAAACACUUCAUCUUAGUCUUUUCCCCCAGCCCUUCAAACAAGACCUUGGGGAAGGUUGUAAAAACAGAACCUUUCCCAUUUGAUCCACAGGUAUUCCUUACAUUGGACAAAGAAACUAGUGCGCUGAAAGCUAUAAAACCUCAGAUGCCUGUCUUGAAAACCAGUUCCAUAUGAAUGGGAAUUAAAAAUAGCAUUAGGUUAAUAUGUGUCCCUACUAAAAGGGGAAUGCAGAACCAUACACUUGAUCUGUGUGCUUUGGUGGGAUGAUAGUAAAGUGAAUAAAUAGUUCUAAUUGCAGCCAUACAGAUCUGUUUUGACACACAUUCUGGUGCAAAUAAUGGUUUUCAUUUGUUGACUGACUUAAGUCAAACAUACAGGUUACCUGUUCUUCAGGCAUGGAAUAGAUAAAAUUGAAUUUUAGCUUUUGGCUUCAAGGAUUUCUGGCUGUUAAAAUUAUUAAGUUCUCUAAAAAAAAAUCAAGUUCUUUUGCUGCUUAUCAUUACAAUCCAGUCUUACAAAGCAUAUUAAAAUAUCAAUAAAAUUAAACCAAAUGAUAGUGUCAGGAAAUUAAGUCUUAAACAUCAGUAGACCAAUCCUAAUAAAACAGUCCUAGAAUAAUAACAACAGAGACCACUGCAGUAAAAAUAUCUCAUAUUUCUUCCUAGUGUCUGUGUGUUUGGGGGGGGGGGGGCGUGUUGGCAGAUUUCACUUUGGAAUGUUUUCUGUAAACUUGACGCUAUCACCAAAGUGAAUUGUCUUCACUGUCCUGCAACUAUUUUAAUCUCUCACAGGAGGAACUCUAUCCAUUACAUUCCUAGCUUGUUUUAACAUGGGGUAUGUGAAGUACUGGCAGAGCAACUUACAUUCGCUAAUCAGUGCAGGGCUGAGAAGCUGUGAAGCCCUUCCUAGGUUAAAAAAUGUACUUUGAUGCAGGAAUGGAAACUUAAUAGAUAGCUGUUCGCUGCUGCUGCUGCGGUUUAAUGAUUGCAUUUUCCUGCAACUGCCAGGAAUUGGACAGCAUUUGGUACAAUUUGAAGACAAAAAAAUUCAAGGGCAGUCCCAUGUAAACUACAGUGCAGUAGUGUCCCCCAUCUAUAAAGACAUGGAUAUCUGUAAAAAGUACCUUGUUCUUCUGAAAGGGACUUGACUAGAUACUGGAGGUUCCUGAAUAAAACUUAUUACUGGCCCACAGCCAGCAUCAAAGUGGUUCAUGCGGAUCAUAAAAGUGAACUUAGGAGCAUUUUCUCCCAGCAAACAUAACUAACGUUAACAUUUCAUAAUCUCUUCCCAGAGCCACUGGAGUUGUCCCGCCAUCCUGCUUGGAUUCACGCUCCAUGUUGGCAUCUGGUGUGUCAAACACAAUUGAUAUCAUCCCCAUAACACCCUCAGGCAUCCAGGAGCAGCGAUAGUUCCAUGAGCACUCCUUGCUACAACCUGGCCCAAACCACUUCCAAUGCACACGCUGCAUUCUUUCCCCAUUUUGGAUUUCAUUUUAAAUUUUGUCCACUGAAAAUAGUUUUAAGACUUCACUUAAAACCACAACGAGGUGCCUGCCUACCAGAUCCCGAAAUAAAAAUGGAGCAUUAGUAUCAAAAGUUGCUGAAAAAUCCAGAAAUACCAAUACCAGGCCCAAAAGUAGCCUGAAGCUUUAUUAAAAUAGAUGGAGGAGGGUCUGGAGGUGUGAGCCACAACUUCCUACUAAAUCAUAAGUUGAAGAAUGGAAAACUUGGCCGGAUUGAAAACUUGGAGACUGGCCAAUAAUUGCUAAGGUCUUCUAGAUAUACCCUGUAUCAACUGCAAUUUCAAGAUCAGUAGCAAAAGGUUCUUAAAUAUAGCUUAGCAAUUUCUUUGGACACUGGUGGAAGCUUCAUUGAAGCCUCUACCUCUGGGUGGGAGAAUCCAUGAAAGCUCUCUUCAGCAUAUUUUUUCAUAUCGUAGUAUAAAUAGCUGUAUACUCUGCAGAGUCUCUUUCCCCUUGUCUAUCACACGUGUCUAUAAAGGGCACAUUAUAUAUGAAGAAGCUUAAAGAGGACUAGGGAAAGCGUAUUAUAUACAACACUGCAUGCAUUCCUGUGUGCAAUGUAAAUGGAAAAAAAUAUUGCCACUUUCCCAGUAGCAAGGCUAUCUGAAAGUACAUCUCAGUUUCUUGCCAGUUUUUAGUGUAGAGGAAUAAAUGUGCUCGUUUUCUUCCUUUCCGAGUUGGGUGAUGUCUCUUAUUUCAGACUCAACGGCUCCAAAGUGACCCUGAUUUUGAAAUUCUCAUGUGGCAAUUCUCUCCCUUUCAUUCUCCUAGUUGCCUACUCUGUGCAGCAUAAUAUUCUGUGGGGACAAAUAUGCCUUCUCAUGUGUGUUUGCAAAUUUUAAAGGCAUAUUAAUUAGCCAGGUCUUUUUUUGUAAGGAUUUAAGUGGAAAUACAAGAAAAAGAAAAGGCUUAGUAUUUGCCAUAAGGUACUAAAUGUAGUUGAUACUAACCCAUGGGUAUGCAAACUAAGGCCCAGGGACCGGAUCCGGCCCAAUCACCUUCUCAAUCCGGGCCACGGGUGGUCCAGGAAUCAGUGUGUUUUUACAUGAGUAGAAUGUGUCCUUUUAUUUAAAAUGCAUCUCUCGGUUAUUUGUGGGGCAUAGGAAUUCAUUUAUAUAUAUUUUUUCCAAAAUAUAGUCCGGCCCCCUACAAGGUCUGAGGGACAGUGGACCGGCCCCCUGCUGAAAAAGUUUGCUGACCCCUGUAGUAAACCUUUCAUUUUUGGUUCCUGCAUUCAUUUAUUAAUCCUUGUAGAUGGUAUUUAAGACUGUCUUUAGGUAAAGACUGGAGUUUGUAUGGAUUUUGCCCAUGUUGUCCCACCUUUUUCAGGCUGUGAUACUUGGUGCCUCUGCUUCAGUUCUUUUAAUUUUGUUGGCAACUGCUACAAUAAGACCUAUUGUUUCAUUUUCAUCAUAGGGUUGUUUCAUUUGUUUCAGUUCUAGAUGUGUGGCAAAUAGCUGUAGCGUGCAUGUGUUUAUGUGUACAAGCAAAGUAACAAUGGCCGGUCUUCAGUGGUUCAGUUUUACUUUUAAUUUGUCCAUAAGCCAUAUUUUAUUGGAAUGGUUCCAAGUCUAAUGCAAUCCUUAGUCUCUAAGCUAUAUUCUGGAAGGCUAAUGGAAAAGCAAAACCUUCUUAAAGAUAGUUAAAUGUGUUGCGGUGUCCUCGGGGUACCUUCUCCACUAAAGAUGUUUUCUUUCCCACCCUGUAGAGGUAUCUCAUUAAGGUACCCACUAGUGUCAUUAUUAAGUUUUCAUGUGUUUCUCAGUUUUGAUGCUAAUCUUUAUGCAUGUGUUUAAUUCUGUUUUUGCAGCACCAAUGUGGUCAUGAAUUAUUCAGAAAUCGAGUCUAAGGUUCGAGAAGCAACCAACGAUGAUCCGUGGGGACCUUCAGGGCAACUCAUGGGAGAGAUUGCCAAGUAAGUGAUAAUUUGACUCAGCAGUGAAGGAAGGUACAUCUUUAUGCAGAUAUACAUGUAAGAAUUGUUCCUGCUUCACCACUUCUGAAGAAUAAAUGAGAUGGAGAGAUCAGUAUUAAUGGUACUUGGAAUGAUGGCCACAAGCAACUGUUUAUUAAAACCUAUUUUCACGAAGCAUUGUAACUUGUAGGAGAUAAGAUUUCCUUCGGGUAGGGGUCUAGCAAAGCAUUUUUCAGAAAUACAAAAUUAGGAAGUUGGUGCUCCUUCGUAAAUGCUUUCUCAAGAAGGGCAAAUGAAUGGCAUGAUGGGCUAAGAUAACAAGGAACUUCUAGUUCUUCAUUAUUUCCGUUGUUGGAGGGGAGGGGGAGAACUUAUCAGCAUUGCUAAUCUAGUGAGUAAUUCUGUAUAUGAAAUACUUCUGAACAAAUGUCAGUAGCUCUGUAUUUGGGAAUGAAGCUCUAAUUUAGAGCAAGUCUGCCACCUGCUGUCAAAUGCAGGUCCUAGCAGACCGUUCCUGAAAACAGCUAAUUCCUCCUUUUGCCUUUCUUUUGUUUUUAGGGCUACCUUUAUGUAUGAACAGUUUCCAGAACUUAUGAACAUGCUUUGGACACGAAUGCUGAAAGACAACAAAAAGAACUGGCGGAGAGUUUAUAAAGUAUGUAUAUAAAAUUACUUUUUAUGAGCUUCUUCAAGGUUUAAUUUUGUUCUAAAUAUGGCACUUACUGAAUGUUUUAAUUUUACAACAGUGCCCUAUUGUAAUUAACUCAUUUUUGUGCUAUCAUUAACAUAAUAUCUAUGCUAAAUUUCACAGGUUUCCAGAUCCUUUGUGUGCAGUUAGUACAAGCUUGAUUUUAAUCAAGUUGAUUUUUCCUGUGUAUGUUUUUAGAGAAGAAGUCUCUGUUGAAAAACAAGGAUUUUCUUGGUUUUUCUCUACAAAGACUCUUUAAUGAAUGCCUUCUAGCAAUUUUUAUUUUUAUUACUGUUUUAAAUACUGAAUAGAGGAUUGUCUGUAAUUUGAUCUUUUAAAACUGGGAAGUAACCCUUUUACUGGCCUACUAGUGAGACCCUCAUUUUGAUAUUUGUUCUGAAUGUCUCUUUUGCAACUCAAUUUACAUUUGAAGCAAUCUGGAAAUGAGCACAUACAUUUACCACUAAUACUUUUCACUCAUUGUACUGGAUUCCCCCCAAUGCACAACUUUGCUAAUUACAUUUUAUCUUGUAACUAACUGAAGAGAAAGCCAGUCACUUGUUCACCAUAAAGUAUUUGUUCCCUUGUGUUCUUUCAUCUGCAUUUGCAAUUAAAUUCAGCAUAUGCAUCACAAUACAUUUUUUUUCUGUUUCCUAUAGUAUUGAGAAGGGCCUUAAGACUUAUAAUAUUGUACACUGAACAUACUGUAUUUAAUUCUCAGGCAAGGUUACCCCCCAUAGGUUUUACUAUAGUAAUUGUUUUCCCUGCAGCAUAAUAUAAAUUAAUUUUUAAUGCUAUCAUACAUAGGAUUUAACAUUCUUAAGGAUACUUGAAAUUUAUCUACUAGUUUCAGAUCAUUGCCAUUUAUAAACAUGCAUCUAUUGGCAUCCAAAUGACUUAUUUAUGUAUGAUUUCAAAAUCAAGGGAAAGCCUGGAAAUUGCAGGAAGUUCACAAAAUUAAAAUACUUUUCAACUUUAUUUUUGUUUUGAAGUUUGUUUAAAUUUACCUGAAAAUAGUGAGUUUCAUACAUCAACACAUUUCCUGCAGAAAGCUACAUAGAUAAAUUGCCAUAAAAAUGCUUUUAAAUGGAAAAACACUUGGGAAUAAGGCAAUUGCAAAAAAAAGAGAGAGACACAAAAGAAAAUUGUUUCAUUCUGUAGAGUUCAGGGUGUUUUUUUUCUUUCCUCCUUCUUCGUCUUAAAUUGCCUUAACCAUAAUUUCCCCCUCCUGGAGAACAUUCUUCAGGCAAAUAACUUAUGAUUUAAUGUUCUACAUUUUUUGUCUUAGUGAGUAAAUGCAGUUUUAAAUUUGUACACUGUAUUAUGAGUGGUUCUUGCUUUAAGGAGCAACAAUCUUCAAGGUGGCUUAUUUAAAUGGGAACAAAUCCUGCUUUUGUUUACUAAUUUUUGUGCAUUUAGGCUUUUCUUUUUAUUGCAGUUAAAAAUACUGAUGGCUUUUGUUCAUGCAAUAAUAAGGUGCUUUGUAUUUUUAUAGUCUCUGCUGCUCCUAUCUUACCUCAUAAGGAAUGGAUCAGAGCGUGUUGUUACAAGUGCCAGAGAACACAUUUAUGAUUUGCGAUCCCUGGAAAAUUACCACUUUGUAGGUGAGCGAUAGAAAAAUCUUAUAAGCAAAUUAAAACAGUAGUUGGAGUUGUCAGUCACCUGAACCAGCUUAGAAGCUUCCCCGCUCUAAUUAGAAUGUGACUGUUGCCGGUUGUGUGAAGAGUGCAGAAUUCAAGACGUGGGACCCUAGAGUAUUAAUUAGUGAAGACAAGAACUUGCAGAAAAGACUGGCUAAUAACAACAGAACCAACACAACAUGAGUGUUCGGGUUUAUAUUAAAAUAUGCACUAGAGACUGGUCCCCUGUGGUGUGUGUAAAGGAAUAGCUUUAAUCAUAUGGGAAGAAAAGGUUAGAGCUCCAAAACAUACACAUCUGUUUGAAGCUGGGGUUUUUUCCCCUCCCACCAAAUAAUAUUUACAGUGGAAAGGCAGCAAGGCCAGUGUGUGUUCUGAAUAAGAAAGAGGCUUAGAGAAGUGAAGCAAAUUUUAGUUUGUAGUGCACUCGGGCUGACAGCAUUUUUAAAAUACAGUUUUGAAGCAAGACAGAAAUAUAGCAAUUAGUAUUUUGAAGAAAAACUGCCUUCCCAAAAAGGUUGAGAGAGGAGGUUGCUUUAAAUGGGUUAAAAUUGACAGAAAAUGUGUUUCUGUUUUUGAAUCUUUUUUUAACUAAUAUUUUUAGUAGAUCAGCAGCAUUUAGGAAGCUUUCUCAGUUGACAUUGUUUUCAAAUGCUACCCCUUAGAUUAAGAUGAAAUUUUGGUUAUAAAAAAAUUGUGCUGUUCACUCAUUACCGAGAAUUGCUUUGGAAUACCAUAACCUUAAAAUAUUUUGUGUUCUUUUUAUAUCUUAUUUUUUUCCAGGAUACUUAAUGCUUGAGGUUAACUGCUUCUACUAAAUGGCUUCUUUUUUAUAUAUGCUCACACAGAUGAGAAUGGCAAAGACCAAGGUAUAAAUAUACGUCAGAAGGUGAAAGAAAUGGUAGAAUUUGCCCAGGACGAUGAUAGACUUCGUGAAGAGAGGAAAAAAGCAAAGAAAAACAAAGAUAAAUACAUUGGGGUUUCUUCAGACAGUGUUGGAGGAUUCAGAUACAGUGAGUACAGCACUGUAAUCAGUAGUUGGCAUAUUGCAAUGUUAGCUUGGUUUUGUGGAUAUGCUGUAAUAAAUAUAUGUUCUUUAAAAAACAUAUGAGUGCCAUCACCAAUCUACAUAGGUGUCAUUAUCUGAAGGAAGUAGACCUUCAUAUGACUGAACAGCGAGGGGAGAUUAACAAAUUAAAUUAACAGCCUUUCCUUCAGAUUGUAGAAGAUGGAGAAAAGGGGAAGCAGGACUGCCCUAUCAGCUUUGCUGAGAAACUAGCUCCUUCUAGCUCCUCUCUAUGAACUGUUUCCACCAAAACGGGUCCUUAUUGGAACUUCGUAACGUUAAGAAGCAGUGCCUGAGUUUAUGUUUUUCCUUCUCUCCCCCAAUCUGAUUCUUUUUGUGUUGUGUCUUUUUGGAUUAUCAGCCCAAGGGCAGGGGCUGUCUUGCUUUUAUUGCUCUGAAAGCUUUUUCAGUGAGGAGGGAAGUAAAAAAGUUGCACACAGAGAGAAGUAACCUUAGUUCAUAACAGAGGAGACGGUAAGUACCUGUUUUUCCGUGUACAAGACGCCCCUAUGUAUAAGACGACCCCAAUUUUUUUGAACCCAAAAUUAAAUCAAUAUUUUUAGGUUGUCAAAGUUGUUCAGCUUUUGGGGGGCAAUAGCACUCAAAGUUGUUGAUCGCCCUGCCAAAAACUGUGUAUGAGACAACCCCCUCAUGUUUGAGUCAAAAAAUGGAAGAAAAAAAUCGUCUUAUACACAGAAAAAUACAGUAUAUACUGGAAGAGGUUGGCAUUAAGGUUCCUUUCAAAAUCCCUACAGUUGGCUAGAUAAGGAUAAGCUUAUUGGAUUCUCUGGCAAUGCAGAUUGUUUGUAUCCAAACAGUGAUUAGCUUCGGACUCUCCUAACAGUUGCUACUGCUGUCAAGUGUUUUGGACUGCAAACAAAGCUGUCUUCUCCCACCCCACUCUACUCAAGGGACCACUUCUCCAUUAUGCUCUCCUAUGUGGCUCAGAUGUCUCUGCGAAUAAGACAAUUACGUAGGCAAGCUGGCCGUGUGGAUCUUUCCUAUUUGUUGUUGUGACACAUAUGCACAUACACAUACUUUGUAGCACAUGGGGUUGCACCAGGGGGAAUACUUUUUUCAGGGCAAAGUGUGGGGAGGGGGAGUGUAAAAAGGUCUAGAAUUAUUCAGCGUUGUGUGUGGAACAAUAUUGAUCUCGAAACUGCAGAUAAUCUUUGUCUAACAUUAUAAGGCAACACUUUUGAACUAGUUUCCCCUGAGGCCUGUUUCUUAUAUUUACCAUUGCAGCAUGGGAGCUGCCUCUUUGUGGGCCAGUACCAUCCCCAAAAUGCUCAUGCUCCAACCACAAUGAACAGGAGUGACAGAUUGUGUUGAAAGUCUUUGGCCUUUGGCUGUGGGAAGAAGAACCCAUUGGAAUCCUUCCUUAUCUUGUAAAAACCCAAUAUAGGAUAUUUGAAUAGGAGGCCAGCAAGUUGGGGGGGGGUUGUCCAGUGAGUUGUAGAGUAUUUGAGUUACAGGUGUCUGUCUGCUAGCCAGAAGUUGUGGGGAUCUACUCCCUGCAGUGAACUCCAUCUCUUACAGAACAACUCGGUCCUUUCAAGGUAGCUGAACUAUAGAAACUUGCUUAUGCAUAUUCUGGGUUAUACAACCCUUAUUGCAAUCCAUUUCUCUAUAGGACUCUGAUGCCAUGGUACAGUGGGGGGUAUUAUUAAUAGAAAAUGCAUAGAAAUUUUAGAAAUGCAUAUUUAAAUUUAAAAUCUACAAUGGAAUGUUUAAACAACAGGAAACCCAAAAUGAUGAUGAUGAUGAUGAUGAUUUAUUUAUUUAUACCCCGCCCAUCUGGCUGGGUUUCCUCAGCUACUCUGGGCGGCUUCCAACCGAAUAUUAAAAACAAUACAGCGUCAGACAUUAAAAACUUCCCUAAACAGGGCUGCCUUCAGUUGUCUUUUAAAAUAAAAUAGUUGUUUAUUGCCUUGACAUCUGCUGGGAGGGUGUUCCACAGGGCAGGCGCCACUACCAAGAAGGCCCUCUGCCUGGUUCCCUGUAACCUCACUUCUCGCAGCGAGGGAACCGCCAGAAAGCCCUCAGCGCUGGACCUGUGUCCGGGCUGGAUGAUGGGGGCUCCUUCAGGUAUACAGGACCGAGGCCUUGCACCUGGGAUAAAAUUGAGCGGAGUAAGGCUGUUCACCUAGUUGAAAAUACAAUCAUUUCAAAUAGCUGGGCAAAUAAAACGUCUUAAACUGGAACUAUAAAGAAUGCAAUGUCAGGCAUACCUUCCUCAGAGGGGAACUGAGACUUGACGUGCCACCCCAGAAGCAUCCCUCUCUUUCAUACAUGCAUAAUAUCCUUCUUCUAUAAAGGGAACAUAGCUUGGGGAUGUCCUGCUGUUGGGCUUUCCUUGGGCAUCUGGUUGGCCACUGUGAGAAGAGGGUGGCAGACUAGAUGGGCCACUGGCUUGCUCCAGGAACUUCUUAUAUUCUACCAUGCAUACAGAGCUUUCCCACUUAUGUGAAUGGCUUAGCCUUGCACCUGGGAUUCCUAAUGUGCUUUGAAGCAGCUGGGUUGUGGCUUGCUCAUGUAUAUAAACUAGAGUGGGGUUUGCAUAUGUGUUAUCGGGGUGAAUUCACUAUAUGCACCAUCAUGGUUAGGAGUACGAUACUCCUGAUUUGAGUGGGUCACUGUGUGCAGGAUAGUCCCCCUGAGAAGUUAGGUAGGUGGAUGCCAUGAAUCAAGUUGGCUCAGAUAAUGGGAGCAUUAACACAGAAGGUGAAACAUAGAAUCAUAGAGUUGGAAAGGACCACAAGCGUCAUCUAGUCCAACCCCUGCAAUGCAGGAAUCUUUUUGUCCAGUGUGGGGUUCAGACACACAGCCCUAAGGUUAAGAGUCUCAUGCUCUACCAACUGAGCUAUCUCACUAAGAUGCCCAAUCUGUAUUUACAUGUCUGUAAUAUUCCUUUAGAAUAUUUGGUAAGCUAAGUCUCAGUUUUAUUUAGGAAUUCGAUUAAUGCUGGAGGCUUUGUAAUGAGAUAGUUUUAAAGCUUCAAUAUAUUAGCUCUUAUGGUACUUUUUAAUAAAACGUGCACACAGAAGAUAAAUGGAAGAUUAAAAUUUGUUAUGGAAUUCAUAGAAUCAUAGAAUUUUAGAGUUGGAAGGGAUCCCGAGGGUCAUCUAGUCCAGCUCUCUGUGGUGCUGGAAUAAUGCUAAGCUUUGCAAAUGUGCUAGCAGUUUUAAUACCGCACCAAUUGAGACACUGUUUAAAGACAAUUGAGCAAUGCUGCCGUCUCAUACUCUUAGUUGGCAGCUAGUUGGGGAUACUUGGAUCUCGGCAUUAUGAAGCAAAUUUUGUUUAGGUGGCAAAUUUUUGGUGGCGAUACAAUGUUGAGAAAUUAAAGAGUCCCCAGUAACGCAUAAGGGGAUAAGAUGCUGCCUUUUCCUUAAUAGAUUUAAAGAGCCUUUAAAAUUGGUGAUUGAGGCUAAACAUAUUGCCAGCUGUUUUCACACUUGUCUUGCAGGGUUUGGUACAACCUUCUGUAUUCAUGAGGUUUUGAAACAUAUACAGUCUCUGAAAGGUUUCCAGUUUUCUGUGGCAGCCUGGCUAGAAAACAAAUCAGGUUCAUUUCUCACAAGUUGCUCAUAAAGCCAGGGUUCAUUUCUUUAGGUGAGGGAAGCCUUUUAGCCUGCUCUUACAAUGUCUGGUCUUAUUCUGAAGUUCGAUGCCUUGCCUUACAAUUCGUCAACAUCUUUUGAAUACAUUUUGGACAAAUUAACUGUUGGCAUAACAUGCUUACUCUUGGUAAUAAUAUUGCUGCAGCAUCAUGAACGUUUCUGUUUGCUUUGAAAACUGUUAAAGGUCUGUUGACAAGAAUUAGUGGCACUUUUGGUUAAAUCUCCCCUCACUCUUUUUAAUAUUAUUUAGAUGAAAGAUAUGAUACUGAGCCAAAGUCCAAGUGGGAUGAAGAAUGGGAUAAAAACAAAGGCGGAUUUCCAUUCAGUGAUAAGUUAGGUGAGCUGAGUGAUAAAAUCGGGAGCACAAUUGAUGACACCAUCAGCAAGUUCCGGAGGAAAGACAGAGAGGAUUCUCCAGAAAGAUGCAGGUACUUACUUAUUUUUACAUUGUUUUACAUUGUUGCUGUAUUGGUUGUCCUUUUCAUAACCUCUUUUUAGCUUUUUCCAGUUUCUUUCCUGUAAUUGUAGGAUAAGUUUGAAAUCCUGAAAAUGUUGGUUUUCAUCUUUUAAGCAUUAUAGUCCUUAUAGCUAUGGAAGAAUAAGCUGAAAACAUAUGGGCUGGCUUCCCCAUGUGGUUUAAGCGUCUAAAAAAGGAAUGGGUACCAUCGUGAAUCAGGCUGUGAUUUCUUCACUUAGCAUUGUGCCAUCUCUUCUUCAGGGCCCCAUGCUGUUCUAUAAAUUAAAUUUAAGCACACUCAUAGCUUGGAAAUUGGUAGACCGUUAUCUAAACGAAAGGGUUCCUUCUGCCCAUUGACCUAGUGGAGACUUACAAGGGAAUGGAGCAAGACAAGAUUUGCCUGUUUAUCCCUACAAGUCCCUGCACCUCCUCCCAUGUAAUUAGAGAAGGUCCCCCAACCAUCCACUAUACAUUAGGAGGAGUAAGAGGGAAAUCAGCAAAAGUAAUCUUCCCUCCUUCCAUCAGUGUGAGCAUUCCAUGAGUACAUUCCAUGAAUUUUGUAGAUCCCACCCCUUUGUGUCCUAGAACACUUACUUUAGCCAAUGAGAAGAAUAGAAGAAGAAUGGUUGUAAUUUUUUGUGAAUUUUUCUGGUCAUAGCCUUGUAGAUUUUCUAGCACAGAAUUUAAGAUUUUCUUCUUGUAGGUAAUUUGUUGGGAAAAUCUAGUCUUUCAGUGGCCAAAGUACCAAGAAGAAAUUGUGCUGAAAGCAAUGAAAAUCUGGCUCUCUGAGUCAGCUAGAAGAUUUGCAGCCUCCCUGGUAAUCCAAGUUUUUAAGAUGUCCAAGAGACCCUAUAAAUCACAAGAAAUAGGCUUUAGUUUGGAUUCUGUUGUCCUUCUAUCUCUUUUACAUGUGCAUACCUCUACAGUUGGAACCAUUAUUUCAGUAAUAGGGGGUGUGACCAUUCCUUGCAGGCGGGCAGCUAAACAUAAAGCAGGCAAUAUGGAACAAUUUGAAGUGGACAACACAUUACAUGAGACAUCCCAAAUCUAUGUAGCCCGCAAUAAUUCUAACUGCCUUCUGUAAAAACUGUUGAAGGAGUUUGCUAGCCUACAAUUGUAAGGCUAAUCAGGGUCCUAUUGAAUAGUUUAUUAAAAUUCCAAUCAUCUUGGCUUUCAUUUAAAAAAAAAAAUCACUUUCAGAUUGUUGCGUUUAGAAAUGGCAAAAACUCUGGUGAAGUUUUCCAUAGAGAAGCUGUUUGUUCUAACCAGGAAAGAGCCAAUGCUUUCAUUUGUCUCAACUGUAGUAGGGGCCUAAUUUUGUCGCUAGCAGUGAAAUGGAGUGAAGGAGUAUCUUGGGUUUUUUUUAGAUUAUUAAGAGUGUACGGAGGAAAAUAGCUACCUUUUUUGUUUUGAUUGUGUCCAAGUCAUAAAAGUUGAAAGAUAGAACAUUUUGCUACUUUCUCUUAGCCUAAAGAAAUGGCUGCUUACUUUUCAGCUAACCUUUUCAUAAAGUACAGUGGACACUUGUUUAUGAGAUCAUUAAAUGCCCUCUACAUUAAAAGGAAAACAUUUUGGAGGUUUUGCCUGCUGUGCAAACUCCAAUAGUUGAUCUGUUCAACAAGUGGAUUGAACUUUAUCGUCAGUAGAUCAAACUGAUACUUAAUAGUUUCUGAUACUGCUGUGGAAGCUUUUAUACAAAUCUCAUCUGGAUGAGAUUAAAGCAGUAGGAGCUUUCAUAUAUUUAAUAUUUUUCACAACAGCAUGUUGGAAGAAUAAAAAAUUCAUUAAGGUGCUAAAGUUGUACUUCUUUCCAGUGUCUUUUUUUUUCUUUUUCUUUUGAAAGGUGAAUUGAUCUUGAGAGGGGAAUUUAGCAGUGUAUUAAAUGUUAAACCAGAUGUAUCAAAUCAGACUAAAUCUACAAUAUAUUCCACUGUUCUGAAUCUUAAUAUGAUGUGUGGAGAUUUUUAAAUGGCAACACACACUAUUAUUUGGGCCCUUUUUCCUGUUUCCAUGGCUAUAUUUCUAUAUUUCUCUAACAAAAUAUAAGAGACAGUGUAUUUUCAUUUUACAUGGGAAUUUUAGGAAUAUACUCUCACAAGAUGGAUGUUUUUAGCUUUUAUUUACUAUAGCAGUGUAUAGUACAAAGUGUGGGGGUGGAAAUAACUCCUCUUGUCUUCACUUCCCGCCCUCUCCACCCACAGAAAUAUUGAACUUCAUUCAGUUGAACAUUUAUUCAACAUAAUCUGAGAAAAUUUUUACUAUGUUUUGUAAGCAUUAUGCUUCUUUUUUAAAAAAAGAACAGAAAUUAUAAAAGAAAAUCAAGUGUUGAAAGAGCACACAAUUGGUUUUUCUAAAGAAUUUAAGUAUGAAGAAAAAUAUGAGUGUAUAAACUUACUCUUUAGCAGUAUUUGUAGGAAAUAACUUCUAGGGAGUACCUAAUCUCAGGCUAACAGCCCAUCACACAGUUUGCUAGGAAAAACAGAAUGCAGACUAGAGAGAUUCUAAGGACUGGAAAAGGAGACAGAAGCUGGGGAGGUGCACUAAAGAGGAGGGAACAACAGCAGCUCUUCGAAUUCCAAGGAUUAUUACUUCAUUCAUUUGCUAAAAACAUUGAAAGGUGGGAGCAACCAGGCUGGCUCUUCUCACAGAAAUAACUUAGAAGCAUCCUUGUACAUUUUCCUUCACAAUUUUUUUCUAGAGAUUUUAUUUUUUUAAUGGCAACUCAGAGCUGGCUCUGGGACUGGUACAUCAGUACCAACUGUACCCAUCUCUCAGUGGUCCCAGCUCUGCCAUUGGAAGUUGGGGUAUUGAUGACUAGAGGCAGGGCCUUUUCAGUGAUGGCAUCCUAGCAUCCUCAGUUGCUCACUGUUGAUAUAGGUGCAGGUCAAGACUGUUUUAUUAGCAUGAUAUUUUAAUGAAUGUCAAUUUUAGGGGCUAUCUGCUUUUAAUUUUCUUCUCUUUUCGUAUCAGUAUUGCAUUGGUUGUAUUUGGUAAUGAUUUGAUUAUGUCAUUAAUUUGCUUUCAUAUGACUUCAUACUCUGCCUCGGGAAAGAUUUCUGAAUUUACAGAUGGGACAGGAAUGAAUAAGUAAAACCAUUACAUGGAAUCUGGCAGUGUCUUACUUUGUGUUAAACCCAGAAACACUUGCUCUUCACCUCAUUGGGGCUUGCGUUUCUGCCCCAAUGCUUCUUCACCUCAUUGGGGCUUGUGUUUCUGCGCAAACCCUCUUGAAAGGAAGAGAGUGUGCUCUGCAGCAGUGCUUGGCGAAUUUAUUCCCUCUACACUUGGUUGGGGCUGUUAGGCCCCCUUAUUACUUUGCAUCUGUAAUCUCUGUUGGAAUAGAAAAUGAAAUGCUGGGUAUUUAUGUUCACUGAUCUUAAUGAAUUAAAUGGCCUUUGCUGGCAAGCAGAUAAUAUGCUGAGAUGCAGUGGGAGGCAUAACUAAGUAAUAAUAAUAAUGGGCAAAGCCUCAGCCAUUGUUAGUGGAGAACAAAGGCUACCCCACAGAGCAUACUGCAGUUUGUGUUACCUCCAUGCUGACAACAAGACAGCCUUUCUGAAAUUAGGUGACUCAGUGCUCUAUUGCUUAUUGAAACAGAGAAACCUUUCACAGUUAUAUUUCAAGUUACAUUUGCAUGUGUUAUUCAACAGUGCAUCUUGCCCUGUACCAAUUGCAUACCUUAAUAAUGAAAAACAUCACACAAUGUAAAAACUGUUUACCUUCCAAAUAAAAGUACAGCUGUGGAUAACAUAAUUUUGCUGGAGACUUAAUCUGCCCCUUGCCAAAAACACUGGUCAAGUAAUAACUUUUCAAAACAAUUUAUAAAGUUGCAUAUACAUAGGCCGAAUGCAGUUUUAAGACUGGUUCCUUGCAAACUAUGAUAUCCAAAUCAGAAAUCUGCCUCCAGUAUGAAUUUCCAAAUUCCAUUUCUUUGUUGGCCUCAACCAUAGUAUCUCUGCCAAUACUAGCGUGGGUUCCUUCCUAUCCUAGCCAUGGUUUCAAGCGCAUUUGCAAACCCUGCUUAAGCUGGCAUUAGCCUUAAAAUUAGUUGCUGUUGGUGUAAAUGUAUUGCUAAAUCAUGAUAAAGGCUGAUGACAGAAAGGAAAAGGAAUUGCACUGGAAGGUGGAAGAUGGAAGAUAAAGCCUGUUCUUCAGCUUGCAGGCCAUGGUUUUGCAAGAAGCUGCUAUCCGCUUCAGCUGUAUGGAGGCAGACUUUGUGAGGUCUGCACAAACUUUAUGAAUAUUGUAAAUAGAUAAAUGUACACGGUUAUUUAUUUAUUUAUUUAUUUAUUGACAAUAUUUAUAAAUUCUGUGCAGACCUCACAAACAUAAGAAUGUUACACCAAUAAGCAUUGCAUUUUUAAAAAAGUAACAACAGAAUGGAUAAGACAACUUGUUUGUGGGUGGGGACCCACUGUCAUAGGGCAAGCUGGUUCUGUUGGUGACAGAUUUGGGAGGUGGGCAGGGAGAUGCCACAGUGGGAGCUGGAUGAAGACAGUCCCUCAAGCUUCCUUUUUGUUCACCCUAUUCAGGGCAAGAUUUAGUCUAUAUUAAUAGAAUACAGACUUUUGAAAUUGCCCCUUCCUGAUCCCCAAUAUACUAGGAUCUUAUGCUGCUUCCAAAGAAAAGGUUGGGCUUUAAAAUUUUGCGGAAAGGAAAUUCUAAAGCAGGGUAUGACUUCCAAGCACAUUUUGUGCAGUAUACACAGCAGGUAUAGGAUAGCUGCACAAAGGAUAUGUAAUUGUAGAGUCCCAUGCUUAUGAGGGCAUACAAAUUUACUGUGUCAUUGUCCAAAAGAGAAUGAGACUUCUCACCAGAUACAAUUGGUAGAGACUGUUUUUGCGCAAUGCUUCAGCUGAUCUCAGUUAACCAGCCUUUCCAGUUGGAGUGUGGGGAAUUGGAAGUGUGGUCCAAUGAUCCAAACAAAGUCUUUGCCAUCUCAGUGAAGAAGUAGCAUUUAUAGUGUAAUAUUGUGUAGUGAAGCUUAAUGAGCACUUUUUUUUCAUAAUUCUCUAACUGAGAAAGCAAGCUUGGCUAGUAAUGGUGCAAUGUCCAAAGCAGUCACAAAAUGGGUGGUAGGCUUGGGAAACCUUGAAACAACAUCUUUUAUAACUGGAAUGGGUAACUUCUGGCUCAGGGACUGAAUACAGUCUUCACCACCACCUCCUUCUCCCCAGCCAUACCUUCUCCCCAGCCCAUACUCCCUCUCUGAGUUAUCCCCCCUCACCAUCUCUGCCCCAUAUACUCCUGAAAUGCUUUUGCCUGACUGGAAUGUAUCCUUGAACAGCAAUAAUGCCUUUUGCUUUCCUAGAUGGUGGAUGGAGAAAUUGGGGUGGAUCCUAUACAUGGGCUAUGAGUAGAAAUAUCUUAUUUGAACCAGGCUGGAUUCUAGUCUUCUGUAUAAAGAUAAGAAUUACCACCAUUGCUCCACCCUCUUUUGCCUACCACAGACUUGCUUGUUUAGAAAAUCUCUGCUUAAAUAUUUUCUUGACUGAAAUUCCCUCUAAAAGAUGUUGAUGACAAGAUAGCUUUGCUAGCUACCUUUUCAAGUUCUUUUCUUCCCCUUUUGGUCUAUAAUAUGGUUUUUGUUGUUUCCUCCCUUCACAGUGAUAGCGAUGAGGAAAAGAGAUCUAGAAAAGCUAAAUCGCCUAAAGGAGAAUUCAAAGAUGAAGAGGAGACAGUGACCACAAAACACAUCCAUAUUACACAAGCCACAGAGACCACCACCACCAGACACAAGCGCACAGCAAACCCUUCCAAAACCAUUGACCUGGGAGCAGCUGCACAUUACACAGGGGACAAAGGAAGUCCAGACCAGAAUGCUUACGCUCAGCAAUCUACAGCAAAGGUAGGAGGGGAAAGAAGGCACAACUGUACCUUUGAAUUUGCAUUUUUCCUAAUCAAGUACUGUUUUCAUUAAAGGUAAUAAAUCUGGAGUCUUCAAGUGUGCCAUAGGGAGUAAUUCACUGAAAGCACUGGAACUGCAUUUGGGUUAAGCAGUUGCUCCUCAUCUCAUGUGAUUUAGGCAUAUAGAACAAGCUCAGACCAAAGAAUGACGCAGCACCUAGGUUGAUAUGGGUUUUGACAGUCUCCAGGGUGUUUGAAUCCCAAGCUGUGAAGGGUUUCAAGGUAUGAAACUGUCUGGUAACUAGGGCAGGUUGCUGCAGAAUACUUAAAAUUGGCCUUCCAACAGCUAUCAACAUAAGCAUUCAGCACUAGUUGGAACGUCUUAGUCUCAAGGGAAGCUCCAUGUAGAACUUGUUUACCUGUACAGGCAACUCCCAAUUUAUGUGGGGGUUACAUUCCAAGGCACCAUAUGUUUAAUUGAAAUUAAACAUGUUAAUUUCAAAUAAUAUUUGAAAUGCCAUUGAAAAGGCCUGCAGAUGCCCCAUCUGCCCUGCCCCCUAUUGGGACUUUUUGUUCACUUCCGGGUUCAGUGCAAUGUGCGUGUGGUCGCGCACACAUAUCAGAUGUGCCUAAAAUAGUAGCUGCCUGUAGGUGAUCCUGGAAGUUGCAAAAGCAUGAUCAGCAUGAGAAGAAGAAGAAGAGGAGGAGUUUGGAUUUGAUAUCCCGCUUUAUCACUACCCUAAGGAGUCUCAAAGCGGCUAACAUUCUCCUUUCCCUUCCUCCCCCACCUCUGUGAGGUGAGGGGGGCUGAGAGACGUCAGAGAAGUGUGACUGGCCCAAGGUCACCCAGCAGCUGCAUGUGGAGGGGCGGAGACGCGAACCCGGUUCCCCAGAUUACGAGUCUAUCGCUCUUAACCACUACACCACACUGGCCAGAUGUCCCCUCUCCAGAAGCAGAAGAAUCACCUUGCUUCUGGCACCUAUCCAGGAGUAAAGGCAGAGGGACCUAGGCGUUCCAUUAGGUUUCUAACUUCAGCAGACAGGGAAACUACUGUAUCAUCUGUCACCGGAAGGACCCACCUACGAUGGAGCACUGUGAAUACCUACCAGUCCAGGAUUUGGCAUUUUUUGCUUGCUUUGUGUACUGUGAGCAUCCUUCUUCCCAACUUUGUGAAAGAGUAGCUUAGCCUCUCGUCAUCCUUUCCUACUUUCAUCCUUUCCUCCUCCAUAGCAGGAAAGAGAAGUGGAGGCUUCCUUGGCGGCGGCUGCUGGACAAAGGCACUCUCAAAACCUCCACCAAGUAUCACCAAGCUUGCCUGGGGCUGGAACCUAGCCAGGCUAAAAUUGUGGACGCCUGUGUUAGGGUUACUUCCAUUUUGUAUUGUAAUCCAGGUUGUAAUCAAACACAACUCUGUAUAUAAUAGACGUAUAAUGUACACUGAAUGUAAUCCAGGUUGAGCAUUCCACCUCUUCAGUUCAGUUGGAAGUUUUUAUUUGUUAUAAAGUGGAGAAAUGAGAUAAAAUCUGUUGCCACACCUUUGCAAGCAUUCUCAGGGAGUGGAAGGAUCACUUAAUGUCUGAAGACCAGGGGAAUCAGAAGUCAUUAUUUGAUGGAAUUUGUCAAGCUCAAAAUUGCAGGGAGAUUGAAGACAUGAAGUGAACAGAUGGGCAGUUUUAAAAACUCCCAUGUCAGCCUCAGGGAAGCUAGAAUACUAGAGAUUGUAUCUAUAUUACAUAGGUAAGUACACUAAGAGCAUAAUGUGAUAGCAUGUUUUACUUCUGCCGUAAUGCAGUGGGGGUUUUUCUUGCCCACAUAGAUGGAGGCAAAGAGGAUGCAUAUUACUUUUCUGGCACUGCCAAGUCUGUGCUUAAAGUGAUGCUACUUAGGAAGGAAGUCAGGAAACAAUGAAGAAAAGCUAUAGUGUUCCCUUUCCACUGUAACUAUUUAAAUUAGCCCAAUUGUAAAAACAGCAGUUUGACAGCUCUGAUGGUUAAACUUAGUGAAGCUAUAAUCAGAUGGUACAAAUUUUAAGUAUUCCCUAAAUUAAAGACCAUAUGGUAGUGCACUGAUCCACCAGCAAGCAGAUCCUUUAUAUCUAAAUUGUCUGCAGUUAAUGUAUGCAUCUAGUGUGCCCAAAGUAUCUCUGUUCAAUAACUUAUUUUGAAGAUGCCCUCAGAAAAGGCAAGGAUCUUUGUAUAAGAAUUUCACUUUAAGAAGAGGGAAAGCUUAAACAUUCGAACAAAAAGACAUGAAAAAUGUGUGAUCUAGAAAUGAAAGUUCUAUUUAAUUUGUGUAGUUGAUUUUUUUUAUUUGUAUUUUGUUCUGUUAGAAGCAACUGUGUGGGUACAAAUGUUUUAAAUAAACAGAGUUUUUUAAGCCCUCUGCCUUGCUUAUUGGGCUUUGGAAAAGAGGCCUGAGAGCUCUGGGAGCAUGUCGGGGCCCUUUAAUGACCUUCUCAGAGCCCAGUAAGCAAGGUCUGUUUUGGAGAGGUAGGAGUGAUUGCGGGGGUUGGGGCUCUGGGGGUUCCUGAUUUUAUGCAAUUUUGCCUUUGUAGGAGGACCUCCAUAACUGAACCCUUGCAUACGUGGCCAGCCCACUGUAUUACUAUAUGCUAAAAUGUUUAAUUCUGGGUCUGCCCUGUCCUUUAAGGCCAUACCCAGACAUGUACUUUGCUACCAAUUUAUAUUUGGCAUAGGGCAAGGAAGAAGAACCUAACCAUGUAGGGUUGCACAUAUCUAGAGGUUGUGCUUUAAACUGGAUCUGUUUGCCUGUUUGUGCACUGUUUGUAUGCCUCAUGUCUUUAGCCUGGGCAGACACUGUGCCUGUGUGCUAGUUACUGCAUGUGUAGUGGCUGGGGGCCCAGGAUCAAAAAGAUGUUGGUGCACUGCAGCAUAGGUAAGUUCGCCUUCUCCAAGUGUCAUGUUUCAGUUGCGCCCCAAGUUCAGAAUCUGCUGCACAUGCUUGCUGCUUAGAUGGGACAAAUCUUGUUCUCCAGUGCUCCCAGACCUCAUUAAAUCCACAGGUGCAUUUACAGUGCAGUCCUAUACAUGUUGGCUGAGAAUGGUUGCUAUUUCCUAGGCAGGUGUGUAUUGGAUUGCAACCUUAAGUUUGAUAUUGCAUUCUUCCCCUCUUGUUAUCCUGGAAUUUUUUUUUGCUUCCAAUUAUUUUCCCCAUCCGCCCAAGAGUGAGAGUCUUCAACAAGUGUACUGCAGGGAACUUCUUAAAAGCAAAUUAAAGUGAACCCUGUGUCUACAUAAUCGCUAAUGUUGUAAUGAGCAAGUUUUCUAGAAACCCCCAGGUGCAUAGAGUUUACCAUAGAUGUACUUGUCUUUGUGCCAAGGUUUAUAGUCUAUUAAAAUUACAUGGUGCUCCAGGAAAAGCAACUUUUCAUCCAUUGCCAUCCUUUGUGAAUGUGUACAAAAAUCUAGGAUUUAGUCAUAAAUGAUAAAGUGCACCCAUGCAACAAGAUAAUAUUGUGAUUUUUAAUGCAUAGAUUGUGUUGGUAAAUACAUUUCCUUCCUUGUAGCAGAAGAAGAAAUCACACUACCUCUACUUUGUGACAGAAAUUUCUUAAAUUAUGCUUUUAGUAUUCUGGUACCUAGCAUUUUGCUAAUUUUAUCAAAGAAGCAGAACCUAAAAUAUACCUUCCACCUUUGGUAUAACAGUCACUUUAUUCCAAUUUCCCCCAAAAAGAAGAUGGGCCUACUUGGGGUUGGGUGCUGUUUUUAACCAUAGUUGCUUGGAAGUAAUUACUUCAGGAAAUGAAGAAGUUACUUCCAAUUAAAUAUAUUCAUGUUUGGGAUGCUGAGUUCAAAUCUCAAAGUCAACUCUGAAUUUCUUUGGUGCCUUUAGACAUCACACUCUUAAUAUCAGCCUUUCAUUUUAAUUGGAAUAAUCCCAGAGGUAAGGCAGUAAUAACCAGAGGAUUAAAAACUAUUGUAAAGCACAAAGAAGGCUAUACAAAUUUAGUUAUAAGCAGAAAGAUAUCAAGCUUUAAAACUCUAGGCAGCUUACAAUUGACCAAAUGAUGUUUCUAGUAUUUUGAAUGUCUCAAAAUGAAAUUUUAAGGCACGUUAGCAAAACUAUAAAGGUGGGAAGUAUUUUAAGAAAUGGUUCAGCCUUUGCUAUGUUUAAUAGUUAUAUGGAAUGGGUGUGUUUUCUAAAAAUAUUUUUCUCACAUUGUCUGAUGGGAGGAAACAGCUUAGAAUCCUUGUUAUCAAGUUGCACAAUAAUAACUUCCUUUAUAUUCUUCAGUUUUGUAAUGCUCUUAAUAUAAGUUGAUUUCCAAUAACAACCAAUGUUUGAUGCAGGCUAUCAUAAGUGCUACACAGAUCUAUUUUUCUCUCUGUUACUCCAGUUUUCCAAUUUCUUGCCCCAAACAGUCCUCACUAAGAUGCCCUAAAACACACACACACACACACACACACACACACACACACCUUUGCAUAUUCAUAACCAUAUUUCUUAAAACAGUUCAAUUGUGCUUGUCCUUAGGUUCCUGGCAGCAAGUCAUCCGGUGACCUGGUCGAUCUUUUGUUCGAUGGUACUGAUCAAUCAGUCCCAACAGGUAAAAUGUAUUUCUGUGUUCUGUUUGAGCAGUAGCUGUAGCUUUGAGUCUAGUACAUUUUAGGUGUGCAUUAGGAAGCUAAGGGAAACUGUAUCAGUCAGUUAAAUGUAGAGCUGCAUAUUUAUUCAUAGAACCACAUGCAAAUUACCAUAUUGUAUAGAUUAAUAAUAACCAUAGCACCUUAGAAAGAUUCACAGCUAAGUCAGUUUGUCAGGAACUCUGGUGGCUGAAAUGCAAUGUUAUUCAUAAUUAAUUUUAAAAGCAUGUAAUCCAGUCAGAUUUCAACACUUCUCGUGUUACACAUGGAGAGAGAGGCAAUGGUGAGAGUAGCUGACUUACAAGUCACAUCUAAUGUGUACAGCAAAAGUGACCUUAUUACUUCUUAUUUUUGUUUCCUGUCCAUUGACUCCUGGGUGACCUCAGAAAUAACUAUGUUUCUUGGUCACUUCAAAAGUGUUCAAUUCAUUCACUCCAUUGUAGGCAACUAGAGAACCUGAGGUUCAGUAAAGUAAAUGUUGCUUUCUAUAAUGGAGUGCAUGUUUGGUAUAUUUAAAAAAAACAAUGAAUAGCCAUAUCAGGACAAAGUAAGGAAGAUUGUCUCUGGCUGGCAUAAAAUAUUAAGAUGGUUCUAUUUACAUACCUUCACUGCUCUGCUGGCAUGAUUGUAGAAUCAUCAAUCUUAUAUUAGGUGGCUGGAUGUUGAUAGCUGCAGUUUUAGAAUCCACAUUACCUGUGAGCAAAUUAAGAAGAGGAUUAAGAGCUGUGUAACUGAAACAAUGUUUUCUCUUGAAGGAAGAAUUUCUCAACAGAUUCAGCACACAGCAUUAACGUUGUUAGUGGAAAGAUUAUUUUCCACCCCUUUUCAUCCCCUAUUUACAAUACCAUGAGCUUCUGAAAAGGUGUGGCUGUACUUUUGGGCUUUGUGAACUGUCAUGAUUCUGCCAGAAUUGGUUACUCCUAUACAAAUUUUCAACAUGGGGCUGGUUCCAUAGAAGUGCUUCCGCAAGAAGACUUUCAUGCCAUCUUCUUCUUCCAACAGCAGCCCCCUGCAUCCACUAAAAAGAUGCUCCAGUGGGACAGGGGGUGCUCUGGAACAGUGUGGGAUAAUAAGGGAGGGAGGGAUUAAAUGAAAUUGAAGCACCUUGUGCAAACAGAUCCCAUGACCCACAAACAGCUGGCGUUUCGGCGACCUUUGGUGAGCCUUGCACAAACAUCUUAGUGUGAAUGCUUCUCUGGGUGCAGCAAGUAUAUACAUGAUUGGCUAAUGAUUGGCUAAAUCUGGAACUUCUACUAUGUAUUAAACCCAAGCAACAUUUCAAACAGUUGCAAUCAUUUUUUUGCCCCCAGGAUUACUACUAUUUUAUUAUUAUUUUGUCCUGUGUAUAUUAAUUACAUAGUGAUAAUAACAUGAAAUUAUCUUCUCAUAAGCAAGACUUUAGGCCACAGCUAUUAAGCUUUAUCCUUUUGCCCCCUGCCAGUCCCUGCUUUUGAAGGGUUCCUUAGAAAAUGCAAGCAGCAGCUUGAAAACUUUGCAGAGGCACAAGAAUUCUUCUCCUGUCAGUAUACUGGAGAAUGAGAGUCGACAUUAUAUCCUUGUACUUAGUAUGAUUUUGGAUUCUGAAUUCUUGUGAGUAGGUGUAUUUUAAAUUGCAACAAACGUGACUGGAAGCUGUCCAUAUUAAGAAAUACACAUAUCUAGACUGUUUUUUGGAUGAGGCCAUGGUCUUGGGCUAGGGCAAUAAAAGUUUCUGGUGAUUGUAUUGAAACUUAAGGAGUCUCUUUGCUGGGUCUUUGUUAGUAGGCAUUGAGAUUUCCUUCCCCAGCAAAUAUCUCUUCAGUUUGUCUACCGUUAUUUUUUUACUGGGUUUUUAACAUACAUGAACAGUGCUCAGUCCUUCCACUUUCCUAAAGUUGUGUUUUCAUGCAGGAAUGGUGUCAACAUUUUUAAGUUCUUGAUCUCAGUCUUCUUAGAAACAUUCUACUUUUAGCUUUAAUUGUGUUUUUCUCUACCAUCUGGUUUCAUAGUUUCCUUUAAAACCUGAUCAUAACACAGUGUAGACAGACAUUGCUUCUUUUUUGGCAUAUGGAGUAUUCUGCAGUGAUAGAAUAUUUGGAAUACAAUAUUUUUCCUUUAUGGUUCACUGAAACUGUGUGUUUCUGUUAAGCUUUGUAGCAAGAGCCAUUGCAUACAUGACCCAUACCUCUCUACUACCAUGGGCUCCCACUGAUUUGAAGCACUCACUGAAGUCCUGCUAAUCUUAAAGGCACAGAGCCAUCCCUGUGGCUAUAGAAAAUGAUGGGUUAGGGUUCUAGACACACCUGCAGCUGUGUGGGAAACACUUUAAUCUGAGUGGCUCCUAUGCAGCUCAGCACUGUAUUUGAUCUUGCUGUAUUACCUGCCUUUCCCACCGCCUCAUACGUAAAUGGAGUAUUAAUGGACAGAUUGUUCAGUCCUCCUCAUAAUAUUGACAACAGCAGGUGUACACAUAUAUUUAGUCUUACAAAUAAAUACAGAGAGAGGAGCAUUUCUUACAACACUUGAAACAUGUCUGGAUAUAACAAAAUGUUGUACUCUCAUUCCAGUUAUCUACAGGUAGAUCAUCUAUUAUGAAUAAUGCUGAUAUUCCCCUUGUUCUCCACAAAUCUAAAGUUGAUGCAACAACUUAAAUAGAUUGAGAAUCCCAAGAGGCAAAUAGGUUGGGGUUUUCAAGUUCCUGUUUUUAUUGCACUCCCUUACAACUUCCUAAAAAGUAUCUCCUGAAAGUCAAAGGAUUUAUGGGGUAGGAUUCAGUGUGACUUGAAUAUGCCCCCACCCUCAAGCAGUUUUCCAGUUGUGUAUGGAGCUCUUUGGAUCUCAGCCGCAGCCAGUAUCUCAUAAUUUGAAGGAGUGCUCAACUAUUAAUUUAAAUCCCUAUCUGGAAAAACCCUGAUCGACUGUUGCUGUGAGAGCAGAACAUGCUCAUCUUUCUUUUGAGAAAUCUUUUCUGGAUUUGCCAUUUGACUGCCAAUUAUUCUGUUUUCACUCCUUUAGUGGAAGUUAAGCUUACCCGCUCUUUCCACAUCAGCAUUUAGAAGAUGUCCUAGAGAUGAGACACAUUACCAGCUGGCCACCACAAAUAGCAUCUUCUGCUGCCCUAAGGAGACAGAUGGAAGGAGUUAAUUUAUAACGACAGCUCUCACUUGGGAGUCUUUGAGGCUAGCUAAUGAUGUUGUGAAGAUUAGCACUGUCCUUCCUAAGGAGGUCACUUUCCCUAACCCGUGUGCUACUUGCUGUAAAGAGCAUGGCUCCAUUAGCUUGUGCCACGCACAAAAUAGCAAAAGGGGCCACAAUAGGCAUUGAUCUCUUUUGUAAAGAUAGGGGCAUGGAAAUCUCAUGUUUUUGUGGAGGUGCUUGCCAAGCAACUAGUCCACACCAAGACAGUGGGAAGCAUUUUUUCCCCAAGAAGGGGACUAAAUACUUUGAGCAAUGCCUAAUACAAAUCUCUAUCAUUUAAUAAGGAUAGAAAAAGAAAAUGGAACAGCUUCGUGGAGUGCUUCAUAUGGAAAUGGUAGCUGUUAGCUCACCCUGUUGCACGACUAGCAACACCAGGUGGCUGUGCUGGCACUGCAUCCUAAGUAACCAUCUUCAUAAACUUGCUGUUAGCUUUGAAGAAACGUUCUGUGUUUUCUGAGGAAGCAACUAGAUAGAGCAUGGGACCACCAAAAUAUGUGCAGAAGCAGAUUAAUCCCAAAUGAUUUCACCUGAUUUUUAACUGGCUUAAGCAUUUGCCAUACUAUUGUUAUUUUUAAAUUGACUGGUAUCAUUUACCUGUAUUGUCUAAAUUAGCACUGCUAGUUCAAAUAAACAUGGUCUUGAAAUUUGUAAUCAUUUAAGUAUGCUAGUGUUUACGGACAAGACAUGUGCACGUGGUUGCAUAUGCCAUGCAAUGCUAUGUAAAUACUGUUUGUUUCCAUCUUCUGGAUAGCGCAAAUGUAUUGUACCUCAUUAAGCUGCUUAGAUAAAAGUGAUGCUUAUCUUUGCAUAAAACUCCAUCACAGUUUCCCAUAAUGAUUUAAGAUCUAUACUGGUAAAUGCCCAAUCUGUCUGUCUUUUGGAUAUGCUCUACAACAUAAUUCACCUAUUAUAAGACUUUAGGAGGGUCUUGUUACUGCAGUUGUUAAUUUCUCCUAUUGGAUAACAUAUCCGUGUGCAUUCUGGAGGGAGAUGCUCCUAUCUGAAAAUGAAGUAUGACUUCCUAAUAAUUGACUAAAAUAAAAUAGCAUUAAAAAGAAAUACAAGUACACAUGUAUUAGAAAGGGAAUUGUUCCUUUUAUUACUGCCAGCCAUUUAUUAAAAAGGCGAUGGUUCUAGUUUAAUUAACCGAGUUGAGAGCAGCAGAUGGAGCAGAAUGUCUUGCAGCGAUAAGACAAUUCAGAAAUGGCACCAGAUGUUGGAAGCUGUCCCUGGUGGUGUUUGAGUGCAACACAGAUGUUACAGUCCCACCUGGCUAGUUUCUAAGCACUGCAGGCUAAGCAGCUGUGAUGUAACCCAUAUAAUGUACGCAAACACUAAAAGCAGAAUAAUUGAGCUGCUGGUACUCCUUGGAAGGGUGUGACUGCUCAGAGGUGAAAUCUUUUAAGGACAAACGGCAACAGCUAAGGCCAUCACUUUUUCGGUACUUUCAGAGGAGGAAACUGCCAACUAGAAGCCUUAAGCCCUUUAUUAAAGAUAUGGUGGCAGAAGGUUGCUUCACCCAAACAUUUUCCUUCACAGAAAAUAUAUAUAUCUGCAGAAAGUGCCUAUUUUUUGUAUGUAUUUCUCUCAGAGGGCCAAUUAAUGUCCACAAUUUUUAAAAUUUGAAUGGGGGCUUUCCUUUUAGGGCUAAUAGCUUGGGAGGAACUGUAGCAUUUCUGAUUAAAUGAAGCCCUCCUUGUGUACAGCAUUCCCAUUCCUGCUCAGACAUCCCCACCUGUGGCAAUCAUCCUAUUUAGUUUGGCCCUCAAACUUGACAUAAGGAGAUGUACAGAACAAUGACCAGUGCAGAGGCUGUGAAUCUUUACUAUUUUGAUAAAAAAUGUGUAGGAAAGAAUAGUAAAGAUACUAUAUUUUGUAGUAAAUAAAUCAUUAGUAUCUACAACUGGGACUUUCAAUGUUCUUAUUCUGAAAAGAAAGCAACCUUAUUAAAAAAUGAAUACCAGUGCAGGUUUUAUGCAUUAAAACCUUGAAUCUGAAACCCUGUGCAAGUCAUUCCUGCUUUCAGUCUCACAAGAUUUAACAUGUAAGGAGGCCUUUUUAAAUUUUUCAUUCUAUGCAGCAUAAUAAGCAAACAAAGGCAUUUCUCCAAUAAAAGACUUGUUCUGUUUCUUAUAUCUAGUACCUGAGUUAGAAUUGCAUUAAUCUUUACUGUGUGAUAUUUCUUCCAAGCCUACACUGGUUCUUCACCAGUUUUGCGUUCCAUGCAACCUUGGUAAAUUAUUACUGAAAUUAUGAAGUAGAAUAUAGACCACUUGUAUUGAUGUACAAGUGGUGGGAUAUAACUGAACCAUAAAAGCAGGCAUAAUUCGAUUUGACAGGUUUGUUUGUGUACAAAAAAGAAGGAAAGAAAGACUUCAGCCAUGUAUAUGCCUUGUGACAUUUUGUUUUGAUUGGACUAUCACCCUUCUGAAUCAAUCUUCAUUUAACGCAUGAUCGUUCGUGGUGCUCUCUUCCAUGCUUGUGCAUGCCAGAAUAGUGAAAAAACCGAGCGUGGAAACUCCCCACAAACUAGUCAAAGGAAAGCACAAGAGUACGAUUGCAUACACACCCAGGUUUUGUUCCUGCAGCCCGAUUUGCAGGAUUUCCACAUAUUUCAGUUUUUGUACCAUGACAACCAUCCUUGUAUAACAGCCAUCAGUGGUAAAAUAUCUUGUAUUGAGGGAUAGAAUUUGACUUGAGAACUGUGCCCUUAAGUACUUUGAGCUUCAAUAUGCUUGAUGGAUUGAACCGUUUCCCAGAACUGUGUAUCUUGACUCCACGUACAAGAUAUUUAAAAAUAAAAUUUAAUAUUUGAUGUGAACUGCUACUGGAGUGGGGCUGUGUUCACUAAUUUACAACAAGUCCUUUGAUUGGUUGUAGGUGGAGCCACUGACCCCUUCGGAGGGUUUGCGGACUUUAGCUCUGCUGCCGCCACCGCCUCUGCCUCAGCAGGCUGCCCGCCAUCACAAGGUACAGUGCCAAGGGAGUGGAACAGAAAGCUGACCUCUCAAAUUUUGGUCUCCUGCUACUUGAAAGCGUCUUCUCUUCCAGAAUAGAUUAAAUUCUAUGUCGAGUUCUCGUUUUAAAGGUGCUAGAUUCUGCCGCUUUGUAUUGUGAUGCAGUUUCAUUUUAUUAUGACUUAUUCUCUAUUCGGGGUAGAGGGAUUAAUUAUUUGGGGAAUGAGCUUUUCCUUUGACCCUUCGCCCAGGGGUGUCUUACCUUUUCCAGCUCAAGGGCCACAUCAAGGGUUUGCUACACCUUUGAGGAUUGCAUAUAUCAUGUGCACUUGGACACACACAGUUGCAAAAUCCACCCAGGUGAAGGAGGGGGAUGAGCAGCAUACAUAUGCACACCCCCAGCAGAGAGGAUGCGCACACGCACACAAAUGAAAUAAUUGCCCUGGAAUUAUUAUUACAAGCACCAAAAUGAAUUUAAAUGAAUUAAUACAGCAGUAAUGAUCAUUACUUUGUCUCCCCUCACAAACACCUUUAACAUUAAUUGAAGCUAACUGAAAUACUGGGCUGGAAUGAUUUUCACAGGUACCAACAAUGAAUUCCAAUUAAUUAAUACUGAGUAGUAGCUAUUGCUAUAGUAUAGUAUGUUGUGUACUCCAUCCCCUUUCACCUGUAAUGGUAACCUUUUAUGUAAUCUGCAAUAAGCCUCUUAAGAAUUGCAUUCUACAAGUCCACAUUUUAUAUUAAAGUACUCUCAUGGAAGAAGGCUAGAAUUGACCCAAGAAACAUUUAGAAUUUGACAGUAGAUGCUGUGCAUAAGGCAGGAUUGCUGCAUGUCCAGGGAGAGGACUGUUAAUUUGUUUGUACUGAUUUAUUUAAGUUCCACACAAACGAAAAAUUGUCCACUGGGGAGAAAAAAACAUGAAAACUUCACAGUAAGAGCCCCUUGUAGGGGUGAGGAGGCUUAUACAAAUGUUAUGAUUGGCCCUAAAUUACUGUCUUUUGUUGUAUUCUUGCCACACUGCUAUAAUAAUUGCUGUUACCCAAAUUACUUUUUAAAAGACCCAAUGAAUUAAUGUUUUAUUACUGAGGAAAGAUAGCUGGUCAACAGAGCUGGGAUUGUUCAAAGAGUUUUGAACCAAGCAGUAGCUGAAACAAUUGUUCUACCACAAAGCAUAUUGCAUAGAAGAAGGUGUGGUGUUUCUUGCAGCCAUCAGUGAUAAAACGCAUUGUAUUGAGGGAUAGGAUUUGACUUGAGAACUGUGCCCUUAAAUACUUUAAGCUUUAAUAAUGUUCUGCCUUGAUUUUACAGGUUAUUGAAAAUUUAGGUUUGUGGUGCUCAAAUCCUAUUAUGCUAAUAAUGCUGUCUAAGCUUGAUAAUACUCCUUUAUCAGUGUUAAUAUGCUUAAUCUCCACCAAUCACCUUUAUGCAAGCAGCCAGCAAUGAUUAAUCAUUCUUGAGCAGUAAAGCCCCCCCAGAAAUCUUUUGUUGAUUAAUCAUCUUUGGUAAAGUUCCCCGAAGAGUGGCAUCAAAUGCCUCUCAUCUUCUCCCCCUUUCCUUUAUUUGUGUUUGGAUAUGAGCAUCCCGUAACUGGAGAAUCAGCAUUUACUUAUCCAUCAGGAAUACUUGUAAGUGUGCUUAAAUUUUUAAUAGGCAGUACUAAUUGAAAUAUUCCCAAUAAAGUCCCUUUUGUAAGGGAGAUCAAAGCAAAAUGUUUCAUUGUGGCCCCAAGCUAAUGAAUUCUAGCCCAGCACUUGCGUUAAAGUGGAUUGUGGUGCACAGAUAAGCGACGGAUGUACUUUUCCCUCCCUGCCCUUCCUUACUUAAAUUUUAAUCCACCUGUGGAGGAGAAAUUAAUUAAAACAAGGGUUUUAUACCCAGGCGAACAGGUACUAUUACGAAUUAUUGACAUGGAAUGUAAAUUAUUGCAACCUUUUUAAGAUUAGGUGAGUUAGAUUCUAAGUAAUAGGCAGGUUUGUAGAUCACUAAUUCCUAGCUGGCUGUACAGACCAGAUUAUUCUGAAAUCAGCAGGGUCUCUCGUCUCUCAGACCUGUCAGGUGAACAUUGAUUUAAAAUUUUGAAUGCUUUCUUUUCUGUCUGCACUGAUGAGGCCUAACAGUUAAAUGUAAAUUGCAAGUUGUUCAACUGUAUGAAAACCAGUGCUGGCAUGUGUGCCCCUAUGUGCCUUUGUCUGUGCAUCAGGCUACAAUAGUAAGAUCUACGUAACUGUUGUGCUUCAAAACUGAAAUACUCAUCAGUGGCUAGCAAUUGAUAAUCAUACCAAAGGCUCAUUCGCUUUAAAAACCAAACAUCUAUUUCCUCGUGAUCUUUACAUCUUGGAGCUUCACUCACAAGUUUAUUCCAGUAAAAUGUGUAUUUUUAAAAUAGGUAAAGACAGGCAGACUGCUGUUAAAAGAACUAAAUGUCUUGCAGCUCUCUAUGCACAUGCUGUACAAAGAUUUGAGAGCGUGUGUGAGCUUUGAAUGCAUAUUUAUCAAAGCUCCCAUAGAGCGCUAAAUAAAUACUACACAAUGCUGUUAACAAGCACAACAGAGGUGAGAUAAACACCCUGAGGCAACUGAAUUUGAAAGCCCAUUAUUUUAUUGGUAUCCCACUUAGCUGUACCGGUUUAAUAACUCUAUACAGCAAGUAAUGUAUAUGUAAUCAGAUGAGUUUGAACAAAUUGCUGUUUUUAUGACUUCUUACGACUGUGAGACCAGCCUUGUUCACAGUGAUUGAUUCAAAACAUCAAUGAGUUAAUGUUUGCAGCUUUGCUUAAGGCUCCCAAUUUUGAGCCACUGGCAGUUUAGAUACUGAACUUCUGCUGUGCGUCAGGUGUCUCUUAUGCCUGCCACAUUCUUAUGUGUUGAAAGUGGAUCCUGCAGAUUUGCCUGUUAGGAAAUCUAUGUCCCACUCAUGUGGACUCCACAGGUGGCACAUAACCAGCCAUACUUUAGCACUGGUUUGGCUGUUUCAUUCUUAUGUGUGUCUCCUCCCUUGCUAUCCUGUUAAAAUUGUUGGAAUAUUCAUGAGGGAGAGUAAUGUCCAGAUGGAGAUCCUACCUGCAGAUGUUAAUCUGGAUGGACAUACAUCGGCUCUCAUUUGUUUCACUUCAUGGAAUGUGGCAUUUGCUCUGUGCUUUUCAUAAAGACUCUUACCUUUCUUUUCCCUCCCCAGGUACAACUGCAAGUGGGAAUGGAGAGUUUGGCGACUGGAGUGCCUUCAACCAAACCUCUCCAAGCCCUGCUGCUUCAGCUGGAGAGCUCUUUGGUGGCUCUGCUCAGCCAGCUGUUGAGCUCUUUGGUGGCUCUGCUCAGCAGAGCCUUGGCCAGCCUCCAGCUGCUUCAAAUCCUUCUGACCUCUUUGAUUUGAUGGGUACCUCCCAAGCCACCAUGACCUCUUCCCAAAGCAUGAAUUUAUCUAUGAUGGGUUCCAGCACUGUCAGCAUCAAUCUACCUAUGUCAAGGUCACAGGUAUGGUGCUGUUCUGCAGUCCCUUGACUACUGUUUACUCAACGGAUAGUUUUGACACACGCUUAACUUAAAGCAUCUUUUCUGUGGCUCUGAAAGUGUUUUCUUGCCUUUUUGCUUCACUGGCCCCUCUUUUCUUCAAGAUUUAAAUAAAUUGAAAGAGGAAACAUCUAAAGCAAUCUAAGAGUUUAGAACAUAAGGAAGACUUCAAACUUGUGACACUUUGAUUGUAGCAAGGGGGAUGAGGGUGGGGAGUGCCACCUGUUUCUGACAAACUGGCUCACAUAUAGUUUUACCCAGUUUGAGAGUAGUUGACUAUUGAAAACAAGUCUUUGGACUUGGGAAACUUAGCAACUAGUUGAUCAGGUAUGGUCUGAAGUCACAUGAGGCCACUAACCUACUGAAAUUAAGCAAGUCAGGGUCUGGUCAGUGCAAGACCUCAUGGAAAUUACUUGUGUGGGUUCCAUGAUGGAAGAAAGGAGGAAUAUACUGUAAAUGUAAGAAGAAGAAAACUAAUUUUCCAAAGCAUCUAAAAUAGAAGGAUGGUUCAGAGAAAGUAUUUUUAGGUAAGGGGGGGAGCAAGGCACUUCUGAAUUACCACUCUUGGCACAGUUCCAGAAGACUACCAGAUGAUAGGUAAAGUACUUAAAGAGAUGCUCUUGAGAAUUUUAUGAGCAUGAACUUCAACUUUCUUCAGUUCUCUUAGGAGAACAUAAAUGUCCAUCUGUUUCUCUUUAUGAAGACUGGAUGAACUCCUCUCUCUGAUAAAUUAUAGCUGUAAAAUACUGUUUGGCAAUUCGUACCAUAACUCUAAAGAUCUCUUUUUUUUCUUUCUUUAAUGCUUCUAGCCUUUGCACGGUGUUAACCCAAUGAUACAGAAGCCUAAUCCACUUUAUAAUAUGGGCACAGAGAUGGUCCCCAAAAAUGUAGGCAAAACCCUGCCAUCCACUUGGUCAGACCCUAGUGUAAAUAUCAGUUUGGACAAUUUAGUUCCUGGUAUGCAGCCUUCCAAGCCCCAGCAACCAUCACUCAACACAAUGAUUCAGCAACAAAGUAAGUAAUACAAUUCUUGCUGUGCAUGUAUUUCAAUGAGGUCACUCCUCACAAUAUAUUCUUGAUCAAAGUGUGGGUGGGUGGGUGUUAAAAAAAACCCAGAACACUAGACCUAUAAAUUCUCUCUUUUUCGUGACCAGAGUAUAUUAUCUGCAGCUUCGUAGCCUUCUACUAUUUAAAAACUAUCUUGCUUGAAUAUGCACAACUUUUGAUUGACCAGCCAUUCAUUGGGUUCUGCCUUUUGUUUUUGCAAUCCCAGAGAGCAUGUGGCUGGUGAGCCAACCGUUUUCAGCUUGAUGGAUCACAAACUAUAUUGGCCUUCUUGUGCUUUGAAUUUUCCUCACCCUGAUCUAAUGAUAUAGUGCAGCCUUAAAAGCUUUUUGUGGUGUCUCCUCCCAAACUCUUGAACUGUCAGCCCCCAAGCAGUGAAAGGGGAUUCUUGUUCAACAGAAUUUUCAUUUCCUUCUCCCUUUCCCCCAGUUUCUGAACCAGGUACUAGCAAAGUUGUGCUUAAAAAGAUCUAAUGUAGAGGGAAUACACUAUAUUUGUGGAUCCCUGAGCAUAAUAAAUAAGUGGGUAUCUAGACGAAACAUGGUUUGGCCAUGGAGAAAGAAGAGAAUUGGAGGAAGUGGAACUAUGACAACUAGGAUUUGUGCUGGACUUCAGUUGUCAGGCAUAUAGAAAUAUGUUGGAUGAUGCCUUUAAGGAUCAGCUUUGUUUUUAAUAUACAGCCAAUACGUUAAAUAAGGGUGGGGUGGGAAUAUACUUGCAUUUUCUUUGAAUGAUAGAAAUAUCAUAAAAAAUCACCUUAACAUUUAAAACUUCCUUUCCUCCCUGCAGAUAUGCAACAACCGAUGAAUGUGAUGUCUCAGAAUUUUGCAACCAUGAGCCUCAACUCACCACCCAGCAUGAUGCCUGCUCGACCUCCUGCAAACCCAUUGAUGGGCGGGCCUGUUCCUGUGGGAAUGGGAAUGCCCACUGUGAUGACUGGCACGAUCGGGAUGGCUUCCAUGGGAGGCACACCUAUGAUGAACCAGGGCAUGAUGGGAAUGAAUGUGAACAUGGCAAUGCCAACUUCUGGAAUGGGUUUGUCGGGCAUGGGCAUUACUAAUAUAGCUGUGGCAUCCUCCAUGACUCCCGGAACUGUGCAACCUAAGCAAGAUGCCUUUGCAAAUUUUGCAAAUUUUAGCAAAUAAAGAUUGUAAACCAAUCAGAUUGAAUGAAGGAUUUUAGCUGCACAAAUAAAGCUGGGAUAAGGGUUGAAAAUGCUGAUCAAAUGCUUUCUCUUUUUCUUUUAUUGCUUACUUUAAAGGAGCCCAUCUAAAGAACCCAAAGGUCAUUUUGUAAACUCCCAACCUACUUUUGUUCAAGUUUUGGUGAAGAAAACGUCCUCCACCGAGUGAUAUGGUUGAUAUUGCAAUCACUAGGCCUUGUUUUUUAACAAGAGAAUUAAAAGCCUUUCUUAGAUGGCAGAACCAGUUUUAACUUUGAAACUUGUGGAAACUCUGGAAUUUGGGGGCUGGGUAUAUCUGUGUGAAUCUAAUUUUAUACUUGAUUUCUUUUUUCCCCUCCUGGAAUCUAUUUAUCAUAAUUGGAUCCGUUCCUUUUCCUACCACUGAGUCAAAUUUGAAGUCAAAGUAUGCUGAUCAAUUUUUUAUAAGAAUAUAUAUAUAUUUUUGUCCAAAAAAAAUAAAACAGCUUACAUAUGUGAUUAUGGCUAAUUCAAAGGGACCUGGAAUGUAUAUAUACUUUUGCUACUCUUCCAGCAACACUGCUAUACUAUCCAAAUUUUUAUUAUAGACCUCUUUAAGCAAUUUGCUGAUGAAUAGGGUGGGACGGGUGGGGUUUUCCUACCUCUUUCUGCUUUAAUACGCAAUGCAGAACUGGUAGAAACUUCAUUCAGACUGCUGUAUGGUUUCCUUUCAGAGAACUCUAGAGAAUAUAUAUAUAUAUGGUUGGGUUUUGGUUUGGGUGGUUUUUCUGCAGCCAUACUCCAGUGAAAAGUGGCAGCCCCCCUUGGGAUCUCUGGGGUCACUGUUUACAUCACUGACAGUCAAAAUGCAAGAAUAUUUUUUUUCUUGCAACACAAAAAAAGAGAAACAGCAUCUUUAAAUUAAGAAAGAACACCUCUAAACUUUUUGUUAAUCCAACAGCAUUGGAUUCUAAAUUUUAUACAUUUGGUGACUUCACUUGUUUUAUGUAAAUAUGGCCUUAGCAAUUGCGGAAUCCAGUAGAAAGGGAUUAAAUAAAUAUAUAUAAAUGAAUAAAUAUAUAGAUUAUUAUUAUUAUUAUUAAAGGAAACCUGUAGCAGUCAGAUUUUAUGAAUUAAUGAAAGUAAAGGAAAUGAAAGAAUAAAUUAAAGGCUUUUUCUUUUCCUGCUAUGAUUCUGCAUUUAGGUUCAAACACAGAUCAUGAUUUUUAGUCUGGGAUGCAGAGGUUCAGUUUAUAUUCACAGAGCCAGGGCUGCUACUGAGAAUGAGUACUAUAUUCUAGGUAUGAAACUUUAUUGGCUCCCCUUUCUUAUGUUGGAUAUUUUUUAUUAUUAUUAAAUUGAUAAAACUUUAUUUCCAUUGUAUUCAUAAUGUUCUGUUAUACAUAACAUUAAAGUGUUCAUUAAAAACAAUGUUGGGG